AUGGUCACGUCCACACCGGGGAUCCUUCUGCUGCCGAUUUUAAUAUGUCUCCAGCACUGUAUCAGCGUCUACGGUAAGUCCCGACCUCACCGUGUGUCAGUUCAUCUUCUGCUGUGCGUGUAUUUUGUGUGUUUGUGUUAGGACACGCGCUCUGUUUCUGAGCUUUACACCUGUCCGGUCUAUUCCUUGAAGAAAUGACCGUGCGCGGCUACACCUUGUGCUAAUCAACCGUGUGAUUCUCCCCGUGAAAAACGUCUUUUUUCUUCUUUGUUUGCGCUUUGAAUUCACGCCUUCGUCUUCUAAGUUGAUGGCUGAUUUAGGCUGAAUGUUUUAGCUCAAUAUCUGAAAAUAAAAGGGGGAGAAAAAGGGGGAGGAUGGAGAGGCCCGUGGAGUUUGUGUUGCCUGCUUGUACAGAAACUGCUUGUCGCUGCUCAUUCACGGCCAAUUAGCCCUUUGGUCAAUUAAUUUAGCCCUGAAAACACACAGCCCUCAUGGAUAAACCCCUGCUCCUUGUUGCUGUGUCGGCGUCUGUGCGUGUCCUGAUUUCUCAUUCACUCCCCCACUGUGGGAUUCUCCUCAGCCAUCACCACCCCCCAGCAGGUUUGGUAAUUUAUUUAUUUUUCCUGAAGUAUGAGCCGGUAGAGGGGGAGAAUAGGGGGCUAAGGUGCGUUGAUACAGUGGAUUAGAAGUUGCAGCAGAAAUCACAGAGGGAGAGGUGCAGGUGAUACCAAUGAAGGCCUGAUUAGAGGUAGGAUGGCUUGGGCCAAGUUGUUUCAACUUUUUCAGAGCUAUUUGUUGGGCAACAGAAGUUGGUUGUUUUUGGGAAUGUUGUAUUUCGUGUGAGAACAUGUGUAGAAAUGUCAGUAACGUGAUAAAUAGUAGCUAAGGGCCUCAUCAAAAUCAUGAUGAGGGUCUAUAGCAAAAAAAGGCAAGGCCAUUUGGGCUGGAAUGAUUGGUAAUUGAUGAACCUCAUUGAUUAUUGAUUAACCAAGCUGAAUGUAGCCUUGUAGUGAUUCAAGCUUAUCUUUAACUGUUUCGAACCAGUGUUAUUUAGGGAUCGACCGAUAUGAAUUUUUUGGGGCCGAUACCGAUUAUAAGGGGGAAAAAAAAUCUGAUUAAUCGACAGAUUUAAAAAAAUAAAAAUAAAAUAAAAAUUAUGAAGUUAGAAAAAUAUACUGUAGAUGUAGAUAUACUGUAGGCUACGGUGCUUCCGCGUCUUAACUCAUGUUACUCAUUUCCGGUCCGGUCUCAUCUGGAGACAUGCAGCUGCCUCAGUAAGAGAAGUAGCUCAAUCACUAAUGUGUACCGUUGUUUGUUCUUCCGUUACUGGCACGGCUAACAGUGUAGCAAGGCUAAUAGCAGGUGGCUAACUCUGACUUUAGCUUGCAUAUUACAUAGUGCUUUACUCGAAGUGACCGAGACCAGCACAGCGGGAAACAUCGUGAAGUGGGUUGAACUGAAGCUUGUUGACUUAUUGUGUAUUUCACAAACUGGUUUAUUUCCUGUUGAGGCGGACCACUCUCCUUCGUGCGUCCUGUCUGCUUCAGAUCCGUCACUCUGCUGUGCUGUGAGGUAGUUAGUGGAUGAAAAUUGUCAUGAGGUCGCUGCGCCAUCUACAGGAUAAGUCGGGGGACUUUUCAAAUGGCGGAACAUUUUCGAAGUGAAACCGAAUCUUAUUCUCCAUAUUUUAUUUCUGAAAAUUAUGGCGAAAAUUGUCGAGUUUUGGCUGAUUACUGAUUAGUCUCAAACGGGCUAAAAUUGGCCGAUUUAAUCUGCUUGCCGAUAAAUCGGUCAGGCCCUAGUGUUAUUUAUGUUUUUUAAAAAACCAACAUAAUAUAGUGCCUGGCUAAUUUUUGUCCUCUGCUGUUAUCAUUGUUGAUGGGUUUAUCUAGCUACUCUACGUAUAUUAGCAUCUACACAGAGUCUCUUGCGAGCAGAUAUGUUAUAAUUACCAAAAUCGUACAAACAAAACACCCCAAAAAACAGAGCUUAUUGGUAAGAAGAAGAAAUAUAUCUUUGAUUCUGCACAGCAGAGCUCUGAAGCUAUGGUCCACUCAUAGUACCGAGGAUGUAUAAGCAAGUUUGUUCACAUGGACAUUAGUAUCUCAGUUAUCAACCCAAUAGCAGUUUUGAUCAUUUUUAGAAUCUAAAGUAAUGGAGGGAAACCUGUUUUUUCCUGUUCUUACAUGAUAAAUACUCAUGCUCCAGCUUGUAAAUACUGCAACAUACUUGCUUGGGUAAAUAAGAUGGGGUCAGCAUGCUGGAGCCUGAACUUCAUCUCUUUCAGAAACCACAGGAUCUUUUUUUUCUGUUGGGGUUUUCCAGGUAUCAAAAUCAGGAAUUGGGAUUCAGUGUUUUCAUGCUUCAACAGAAAAUUACUCAAAAACAUGGGGAUAGUUUAAGAAAAGGAAAACCAGGAUACCCAAGACUGUGUGAAUGCACACAUCACAUCGUCUUAUGUAAUUCAAGUAUCUAAUUUUAGGUAUUUUAAAAUAGAAAUAAUGUUGUGCAUGUGCAUACAAUAUCCCUCCUAGGUUGACUCACUCCAUCACUACUUUAUGACUCCUUUCAGGGGUGCUAAUAUUAUCAUUCCUGGUCUAUACCUUUUAUGAACAAUGCACUUAGUACCAUAUUGUGAGUAACCUUAUGAUUUCCAACUCUUGUGGAUUUUUUGACCGACUAAAAUGAUGAUUUCCAGAUAUAGAUGUGCAGGAAUGAUGCAGUUUGUGUGUCAGUGCUCCAUGCCGACACUGUGGAGCUUACUUUGUUGCCUCAGGUACAUAAAACAUUUACAUGACUUUGGCAUAAUUUAAUGAAUGCAGUUACUAAUCAAAUCAGCACUAGUUUUCAUGCAGCCUGCAUUAAAGAGCAGCUCAGAGAAGCACGCUGAGCUGUGUUUGGCUGCUUGUGUCUUGCAUGGAUUUCAGUCUCUUCAAUGCCUACCUAGCAUGGAAAAUGGCCUUUGGGGGAAACAUUGGAUCAAAACUAGUGCUUCAAAUGUGCACACACUCCCCGUAGCAUCCACCCACCACUACCAACGACCCCUCCUUUUUAUUCUCUGCUCCAAACGUAACCCAAACACACACAAACGCUCACACAGAUUGAGAUUGUGCGAGCCUAUUUGAACGAGACGUCACACAAAUUAGAUAGCGGCAAGAGCACAAGCAGCAGCGACGCUGGCCUGAUUAAAAUGGAUGUAUUUUUCUUCCACGGUUACUGUGAUACCAAGCUAGACCCAGAUCCUCUGCUAUAAGAGGAGGGGGCUGUGGGGGUGCGCUUGCUUCUUGAAGUGGGCGGGGUGGUGGACAGAGGGAGGAGGAGGAGGAGGAGGAGGAGAACACUGCAACCAUUUCUGUUACUGGGGAAAAUUACAUUACCAUGACCUCCAGUGUGACAGCAUUUAUAUAGCUCACUAUGAUUUACUAUUUCGGGAGGUAGACAGUUCACAGCAGGUCCGUGCCUGUUGAAUCCACUGGGAGGGUCAGCAGAGGAAUAAUUAUCAUCUGGAAUAAUCUGUAAUUUCAAGCUUAUUCCGAGAUAAUAGGCCUUUUGAAAGUAAAUGUAGACCUUUGAGCAAGACAUGUACACAAAUUACAUCAGUUUAAAAACUCCCCAAGUGUGUGAGAGAGACACUGUAAAAUAAAAAUAAUAACCUCUGCCCCAAGAGUGAAUCUGAGAAUAUUGAGUUAUCAUGAGUUUACAAAAAAAAAAAACAUUAGAAGCAUCAAAAAAAUAACCCAGACAGAUUGAACAAUGCCAUUCCAGUUAGGAACUAUCAUAACACUGUACCUUUUUUUUCCCCAUGGAAAGACUUUGUCCUGCUGUUAUCUAAGGCUUGAGGCUUGAUUUGGCUUUUUUUUCUUGACAAGAGAAGCAUGUAGAGAUGUUUGAAGGUGACUGAACUUCCUAUUAUUGUGAAACAAAAAUGAGUUUCGACUGACUUUUCUAAAAGUAACACUGAGGGGAAAAAAUCCAAGCUGUGUGAGAAAAUGAUGGACUUGAUAGGAAUAAUGAUGUGAAAUGGCUUUGCUGAGUGUGGUUAAUAUUAGCCGUGCCAGGACAACCAAGUCUCAGGUCCCCCUCGCAGGUUCCUCAUGCCUGGGCUGGUAACACAAUGCUGAUCAAGGCUUUAUAAUCCAGCUCAGCUUGACAAAGAGCCAACACACAACUUUCUCUCCAUUUUCUGGGCCAAAUACUGCCAAACCCCUCAAGAUACUGUUCACUACCUAUUUUCUCUGCAUGUUCAGGUUGUAGAGCAUUAUUAAACGCAGUAACUUUUAACUGGAGCUACAGCUCUGGUUAGUGGAGGGUGGCUGCCCUACAGUUUUAAAACAACAGGACAUGUUUUAGGGCUUUGAUGAAAGUAAAGGUUUGUCUGACUAACUGGUAAUUUUGUUGCUGACUAUCAAGGGUGAUGACGUUUAAUCAUUUAGGUAGAAAGUGAGCAAGAGCGAGUUUGACAGGACGCAUGUGCGACCGGCGCCCAUUUAGUUUCGAAAAAAGAAAAAGCUUUCAGGUUUUAUUUAGGAUUCAGGAGCGACAUGUUGCAAACACAAGUGCUGAGUAAUAAUGAAAACAGAUAGACUGUCAACAAUAGCAAAUAAGCUUUCUUUAACUUUUGUAUUGCAUAUCAUAUCACAUGGAUGUUUUUUUCUCAUUGUUAGCUUGCUCAGCUUUUUAAGUUCAUUCAGAUUAAUUUAUCAAUUUGGUCAAAGAUUGCACAUGAGUUUGCAACCGUCCUGUCAUAAAAGAGACAGACAAGUAGGAGUGUGCGAUAUAUCCAGUAUACUUGAUACAUCCCGGCUUGCAUCAUGUAAGACAUAUAAAGUGAAUGUAUCGAAACCAACAUAGGAUGUUAAAAUCUGUCCGCACAUAAUCCUCUCUGUAGUUUCACUUCCCUUUCUCUGUCCUGUCCUUAAAAGAAAGCCAGCUUUGUUAUCAUGAGUAUUCUGGCGUUAGGCUUGAUGCUGUUGCUACAAAGUGAUUUUGCUUCACAGGUCACUCUUAGAUCAAUUUGAGUUCAGAGUGUCAGUAUUAAUGUCCUCAUGCAUAAUGUUAUUAUAAAAACAUUUCUUCCAAUUAUUCUAGAAAUCGAAAGACACAGGACAGUGCGUUUUAAAAGAGAGCAGAGUGCAUUUCUUUGACAAGACAAAAUGAUGAAAGCUCUGUUUAGAUUCUGUGGUAGCAUCGCACAGCUUGUAGGAUUCAGACUUUAAAUGCCAGCUGAAAAUUCUAACAGUGCAGGGAAAAGGAGCAUUCUCCGGUACAGGUUUAUACCCUUCGGGUUCCUAUUGAAGUCUGCCAUCAUACUGAUUGGAUCAAAGUGCAGGGUGUGCAGUUCUACAGACAGCAGGUCAAUGGGUGUCUUUAGAGAGACACUGAAGAAGUCAGCCAAGCGGAUACACACUUUAACAGCAAGACAAAGGAAAGAUAUCAGCCCCCUUCAACUUGGUGUGUUUAUUUUACAUUUACAGCAAAACAUUAUGACUUGAGAUGUUUUCUUACAUCUUUGCAUCGGUUGGUUUUAGUUAUAAAUGUAAUAGGAUGUCCCCAGGAUGGUGUUUAGUAUAAGUGGUUAGCGGAUUAUUUACAGAAUUCAAAUCAUCCUUCAUUUAAUGAGCAACAAAUCAACACAGUUAAAUCAUUUCUAAAAUGUUGUUAAAGUUAACCGUGUAAACUCAUCUCUAGCUCUAUUUCUAUUCAUGGAUUUGCUUCGAGUAGCUUUGGAUGAUUCACAGAGAAAAAAAAAAAAUCCUUAUUUGUCAUGUAGCAGCUCAUUGUGCCGCAGUUUAGUCAGUGUUUCAGCUGCUGCCUCAUUAUUCCCCCUCUCCUCUACAUAAACCUCUGUUUGUAUGUGUCGAAAGCAUGCUAAAUUUCAACCAAGGAACAAAAUUAGCAUGUGCUACCUGCCAAAUGCCAGGAUAAUGUUGGCUGUGGCAGGUGAGGAUUCUAGGUCACCUUUCGACAUGGCAGAUGGAUUUUUUUUCCUAUUGACAGUCAUUUUAAAAAAGCAGUUCCUAAAUUAAAAAAAUAAUGAAGUAUUAAGGUAAUGUGUUUUAUUCUGUAUUAAUAUUAUCAUGUACCACUGACUAGGCCUUGACCAGGGACUGCUUGUUUUGAUCAUGUUGCUGCUAGCUUCUGAAGAAAUGUGUAUAUUAAAAAAGGAUUACCAAAGCCAUAAGCUUGGUAAUGUACUGGGACUUGGCAUCAUUACUCACUGGACCCAUAACAUUUUAUAAUUUUUUCUUCCAAAAUUACAAAACCAAACCAGGCUCAACAUUGACAUUUUUGUGGCUCAGAACAGAAACGUCCAGAACAGCUGACGGAAAAAGAGAAGUUUGAAACUCGUGCCACAUUUCUUCAUGAUGAACUCAUAACUAAGGAGUCAGCAGGCACAGAGUUUUUUUUUUCCGUGCUUCCCUGCCCUCUCUCUCCUGGGUUUACCAUGUCAGCAUUAAAUGUGCGUCAGCAGUGAUCAGUAGGUCAGAAACAUGAUGAGUCAGUGCUUUCAGUUUCCCAACCAAUCGGAUUCUGUGUCUGUACAGCUGACCUGUAAAGGUUCUCUCAGAAACCAGACGUACCUGUCUCAGCAAACAAGAGAAAAAAUAUUGUGAUUAAAUUUGUGUUGUGAACACAGAAAUCCUGUAAAGGCCUUCUUCUUCUUUUUUCCCACACAGAAAAUCCAAGGGAACUGAUAAGGAAAUAAAGAAGUUGGAUUCAUUAGCAGAAUGACAUUGAUAUCAAUUAAUGUUUUUAAUCAAUACCCAUUCCCAAAUCUGAUCCUGUAGAAUUGGUGAAUCUUUUAUCCAAGAGAUCUGACAUCAGUCUGCGUUUCAUCAGAAAAGCUUUGCUGACAACGUACAUGCAUUAGACACAACCUUGCCAGACGAGACCUUUGCAUGGCCCCAGAGUCAUCUCUUAAGUGUCUGUUGCUCAUGAACUAUGUAAUAGAAGUUCAUGCACUUGCUGAGUGGAUCCAUUUAAAAAAAUGGUUGAAGUUUAAAAAUGAAUGUCCCUCCUUGAGUGUUUGGCAGCAGUGGGCUUCAGGAAGAAGAUGACAGCUAAGCUUUGGCUGAAGUGUUUUUCUAGGAGGAUUUUUUUUUCAAAGUUGUGAUUGGUUUAGUUUGUUUGUUUACAGAAUGGCGUAUAGGCUGAUCUACCCCUCUUUAAUUCAAACCAUCCGGUGAUAUAAAUAAGUAUAUCAAAUGAAGCAAGUUACAAACUCAAAAACAUUGUCUGACUGUACUAUUUGGCAGGCCUUGAGAAGGCUGUGAGCUGAACUGUCACUGAUAAGAUGUUAUGGCUAUUCUACUGAGUAUCCUCUCAUCAGUCACCCUCAGACUCCUUCCCCAUCCCCAUCCCCUUCACUAGACAGUAAAAGCGCCACAGCGUCAGUCCAGCUUUGUGUACUUGUUUCCUCUGUCGUCAGCUUAGGUUAGUUGGGUGUACCUGGCGUCAGGACCUUUUCGUUCACUGGAUGUUUGGUGGGUUCCAUUUAAAAUGCAUGUACAAGCCAAUGGAAGUCUAUGCUGGCAUAAAUUCUCCAUUGAAAUUUAUCUCUUUACUCUAGAGGUUUUGGAUGACAGUUUUCUGAGGUGCUGUUGUACGUGUAUGUAAGCUGUCUGGUUUUGGCUUAGAUCAUCAUUUUACAGAGGUGUAGCUACUCUGCGCCUCCUUUUCACCACAGCUCCUCUAGUACUUCGUCCCUGAGGAAAAUCCCAGGAUAUUUAUUUUGGUUUUUGAUCUGUGAAAUUUCAGUUCAGUUUCUUCACAUAACCUUAGUCAGGUCCUUGAAUUAGCUGUAGUACUGAUUUACUAUUAUACUGGUAUAUCUCUCAAAGGCUUUUUCUUUAAGGGGAAUUCGAGUAUCUUUUGUAACAAGUUUUUAUUUCCUAAAUUGGAAAGUGGUGGCUUCAUUCAGUCCCUAAGGCCACGUUCUUUUUAUUGAAUAAUCAACAGCAAACAAAUCUCAAAGGGCUCAGAGUGUUCAUUGAAACAUUUCUCUUGACACUCAUAAUUUAAGGUUGGAAUAUAUUUUAGAACUUAAUUUACAUUUUGCGGGCAUAUUUGUCUGGAUCCACAGAUUGACCUAUUUUGUCUCUGCAGAGCCCUGGGAAUGGCUUUAUAAUGUGUCGUGAACUAAAAAUAAACUCGACCUUUUAUUUGUGCCAAGUAGCCUGAAGAUGGUUUUGACUGUGUGACUCAAAGAAUUGUCAGUCACAGGAGGACAGUAAAUAGUUUGCUAGAGCUGCAUCGAUGUAUGGUGGCGCACAUGACCAUGGCCCCUGUGACUGUACUGUGUGUCCAAUGUGACCUUUAACUUGCAGGCUACGAGGCCGUUUUUCUUUUCUGGGUCAAUGUAAAGCUGCUUGAUCAAAUGCAUGUUUGACCUGUCACCUCUCUCAUCCUGAAACGCCGUACAGGAACUAUAAAUGGAAAGAGAAGGUCAUAAUUUUGAUGUGCACUGUGUUCCUCCACCAUAACAAUCGAAUAGUCUCAUAGCACUGCUGUGGUGUGUCCCCUCCGCUUACUUCUUGCAUGAGUAUUAUUCUUUCUUUUGAUGUUUUCUGUAGUUUUCUUAAAGUCAUGUCAUUGUUGAUUUACAUGUUGACAGUCUUUGAGUGCAUUUACAUGGUCUUGAGAGUCCUGGUUAAGUAGAUCAGCGUUUUGAAGCUUUUACCCAACUUAACUUUCAAUUUUAUUCAGCUCAAAAAGACAAAACUUCAUUUCUUUUUCACUUCAGAAGUAAGACCAACUUGUUUCAGCAGCUGUUUGUUUUGCUAAUUCGUCACUUGGCCAAGGUUGCCUCUGGCAGAGGUAGUCAGCGUCUAUCACAAACUGAGGUGAGGCGUAUUUGCACCACAGGAUACUGUUUUCUUUUUGGAGCUGUUUUCUUCGAACCAGGAUAAAGGCUUAUUCCAGUCUCUGGAAUUGGGAUAUGAUGUUUUUAUGCCCAAACCCAAAAUGGGAUACUUAAAAACCUGAUCAAAACCAGGAUACUCAAGUCAAUUCAAUUCACUCACAGUACUUUAAACUGCUUUUAUGGCUGGUUGAUGGUACAUCGUCUUUUGUAGAGGUUUGAAUUAUAGUUCAGCAGUUAUACCCAUCUCCCUUGUCGGUCGUUGGCUUCACAAUUAGACAUUCAGAUAUGUCCCAUGUUGCCUUGUUUCCUCAAUGAAGGGAGACUGUUAUUCUGCUCUCGCCUUGUUUGCUUUCUUCCAUUCACUCUGGGAGUGUGUUUGCAGAGUGUUUCUUUAACUUCCUCUUCACUCAGCAAUCUCUGCUUGCAUCAGAAAACACAAGCUGUUUUAUUUCUCCAUCUGGUUUAACUGGAGAAGAUCUGGAUGUGGUAUUAAAAAAAAAAAAAGGAAAAUUUGUGGAUGGCUGCUACAAGUCAUUAAGUGUUGAUGAUGGUAAACUGUAAAAAAAAAAAAAAAAAAACAGAAAAAAGUAUCGAAAUAGGACGAUCCAAAUUUGAUGGAAAAAUCUGGAUUACUGAACAACCUAACAUUGGGCUGGAGGGAAACCGACCUACACUAACAACUCUGAUCAAAAGCUUCAGUUUAAUUCAUGAAAACAUUUUUAUUUGGCUAUGACUAUUUGUAGGUAAUAAUAGUAAAUGUGGGGUAAAAAAAGACAUACAAAUGUCUUGUACUAGCUUGUGCUUGUUAAUUUAUUGGAUGUCUUUUAAUUUAUUGACUAAAAUUUUAUGCCUAAAAAAUAAUUUAAAAAAUAAAGAAACGAAAGAAAGUUGAAUAGAUUUUAUGUGCAGGUGAGGUGGAAAUCCAAAGAGGACUUGAACCAAGCACCUCACCUGUAGAGAAAAAAACAAAAAUGUAAUGAAAUGUAACAAAACAUAGUUGAAAAUUCUGCAGUUUCUUAAAAAAAAAAACAAAAACAAAAAAAAAACAGGACCAGUUCUUGUUGCACCGCACAUAAAGUCCUUGGCUGUGUCCGGAAUGGAUCCCUAAUCCCCAUGUAGGCGACUAUAUGGGGGUUAGCGCCAUUAUGAGGGGUGUCCGAAACCUGAGUGAUCAUUUCCAGCGCCCCAUAUAGGCAACUCAAAAUUUCCCAUAAAGCCUUGCAAAAUGUAGCUACCAUCCAAUGGUCACUCACCGGUAGUGGGCAUCCUGUCAUGCAUUGUGUCUUGCCAUGUAGUGUCCGAAACCUCACUACAUGAGUUCACUACAUAGUCGGCUAUAUAGUGAAAACCCAUAUGGGGGUUAGGAAUUGAGUGAUUCAUUUCGGACACAGCCCUCGUCAUCGGUCAGUCUGUGAAAUCUCAGCCUCUCCAUCUGCCUCACUCAGCUGUAAGCAGUAUUGUGAAGUGGGAGCUCUCUGGAUCCAAAUCAGCUCAAGUUGUCGAACCAUGGUAAGGCUGCACGAUAUUGGAAAAAAAUAAUAUUGCGAUUUUUUCAACCCUGCAAUAUAUAUUGCGAUAUUAAAAAUACAGUAUUUUCACCAGAUGACCUGAAUAGCACUUAAUGUUAUGCUGCACUGCUGAAAUCUUGAGGACAGUUAAUCUGCUCUGAUCUUACCUCUUUUUGUGAAUGUUAGUAGAACGGCUUCUGUCUGUCUCAGAGAUAUUUUUAGCUUUUAUUGUGCUGGGACGUUAUUGUGACGUGUUUUGGUCGACAUCAUCCUUCUUUUAACCGAAAUAAUUCCAGAUAACUGACUUUCCUUUUUCUUUUUGGCAACAAAUCUUCAUUUUCGGUGGUUUUCGCUUGUUCGUUGUUCAUUUUGCGAUCGUUGUUGUUGUUGUUAGCGGUGUUGUGCCGAGAAACGCAUGUCCUCCGAGAAUUGCAUGCACCUCGCAAAACGCGCACUGCUUAUAGUAGAGUGGUCCACGGAAAUGUACAAUUUAAAACCCAUACAGUUCUUAUUUGUUGAGCUUAACAGUCAUGAGUAAAGUUCCGAAAGUAAUUCUCAGCGGACACACGUCUCCCUCCAUGUGCAGAACAUGUGCAGGGGUGGGUUUUCUCCUCCCUGAUUUUGAUUGACAGCUGGCAGGGUAGUCUGAUUGGCAACUGAGAAGUGAGUCUGAUUGGCAACUGAGUUAAGGACGAAGGCGAUUGGUGGAUCGCUGCACAGCACAUGCAGAGUCACAUGGAGUGUAUCUCAGUCGGUUACCCUUUAAAUUAAAUGAGUUCAUUCACCUCCAAUAUCGCAGGCUCUGCGAUGUGACUAUCGCACACACGUACAUCGCGAUGACGAUAGUCAAACGAUAUAUCGUUCAGGCCUAAACCAUGGCAUGUAAAAUUUUCUUCUAUUACAUCACCGCCUGUUGAAACCCAAAGUGCCUCUGGAAGCAGCAACUGCACACGAAACAAGCAUCGGCUGCAUCAUGAAAUGGGUCCUUAUGGGUGAGCAGCUGCACGCAAGCUCACCAUACCAUGCACGAUGUCAAGUGUCGCCUGAAGGCUGCAACAGGAUUCAGCGGUGUGGUUUUUGCACUGAGGAAUGAGUUUACUACCUGGUGGUUGAUCGACAAAUAUUGCUUUUCGAGUGCAAGAGAGGACCACAGACAAGACCAUGUAAUCCUGAGGAAAGAGUAGAGGAAAUAGGAUAAUAAUCUAAGAUUGUUCCUCAUGGUUUGGUGUCGGCCUGAACUGUACCGACACAACCUCCCUGAGCAGCUUAUGACGGCUGCCUCAUUUCACUGGUGGGGAUCAUACUGCCAUGUGAAGCACAUCAUCUGCAGUGCUGCUGAGUGCUGUCGACUAUGUCCCCUUACACUGGAUCUGGUCUCUGAAAGAAUUAGAUAAAAAGGAGAAAUCCAGGGGCCAGGGGGGAAGAGCCUCAUGUUAAUUUGAUAUCAGUGUGACAGUUUAAAUUAUCUAACAUGUUAACAUGAUGCACCCAAAAUGAAAUUUAGUGAGCUCCAUGAUAGAGCGUGUGAAUCGGCAGCUCAGAUCAUGUUGCAGUAUAAACCGAGUGAUGAAAGCCAACAUGAGAGAGGCUCUUCACAGUCUUGUCAUGAUCGUGCUUCAUCUGGGAAAGUCAUGUGCCCUCACACAAUCGUAAUCUCAACCCUGUAGUGCCACACUUGUCAGACUUAUGGGAAACACUCAUUUGCUGAGUGGGAGAAAAUUCCCACGGACACAUUCUGGUGGAAGCCUCCCAGGACAAAAAGGCCGAGUCAUCUUCAUUUCAAUAGAUGGUUUGAGUUGAAGGGUUGACGGACACGCUUAUAAGUGUGUCUGUCAGGUGUUGAUGGUAGAGUGCUGUCUGAUUUUUGGUCAUGCAUUGCUCUUAAAACCGUGUCUUUCUCCCUCUCAUCCUUCUGUACAUCGGUGGUUAGUUGUUUGAUGUGCUGCAUUUGCUCUGAUUAAAAUGCACACCCAUACAAUGAGAUCCAUCAUUCUUUGAUUGUGGUGAUUGUAAUGGUAAUGCGGAUGAAAGGUCAGCCCACUCUCCAUUCUGUAGCAUGAGUGUGGAGUGAGUACAGCUGGUGUAGUCUUGGUUGGAUGGAGGUCUGCAGGCUGUUGGCAUGGCUGCCUCUGUGUUUGUCUUCUCUUGUGUUCAGAUGUGGUUUGAAAAGAAACUGCUAUCCUGUCCAGAAUCUCUGUUGUUUCAGAGCUUUUGACAUGUUUUAUUUCUUAAAGUUUAUUGUAAUGCUUUCCUCCAAAGAUACUGAUCAUAUGCAGCACUUUUCAAACGGCGGUGAGGCCACUGUCUGUAUAGACUUGUUGUUUAAUGAGUUCAUCUAAAUCCAAAUUUAUUGGCAAAGAGAAAUUAAAAGAAAAAAAAGGAGGAUCCAAACAAUAUAUGGUAUAAUGUAGGGCUGCACCUAACUAUUAUUUUUGUGUCGAUUAAUCAAACAAUUAUUUUUUCAAUUCGUCAACUAAUUUAUCAAUUACUCUUACGAUUAUGUUUUAGUUACCGAUUAAUAUAACAAUGAAUUUAACCAAAAUAACAAUUAGAAACUUGUCCUAUUAGCAUUUAAUUCAAUGAUUUAUUUAAGAUUCUCUUGAAAUCAAACAAACCCCAAAAACAGUGUUUUUUAAUCAAAUGCUUUUUGAUGGACAGAUGUCGAUACGGUGCGUUUGCCCCCAAAGAUUACACUAUGACCAGUUUCAUGGCAGCUCGUGGAGGAAAACCUCCAAAGCAACUCUUAAAUCUUUUCUACCCUUUAGUCAUGGAGCCCCCCUAAAACAGGUCUGAAUAAAGUCUUGGCUUAAAAAAAUCUGUCAUUGGCAUUUGGGAGUUUCCUGAGGGAAAACCCUGUCAAGUUAUGCUCACAUAGUGAUUUGCUGUUGAACAACAAAAGAGUAAAUAAUGAUUACAUGACUGUCUUUCAGAAAAGCUCCAAAUCCUCUUGUUUAGGAGGAUCAAAACUGCUUGAUAAUAAAUAAUCCUUAUUAAAAGUAAUUUUUUUUAAAUAGAUGAUUUGUUUUUUAACCAUAUUACUCUGCAGGAUUUGAGCUGCUGGUUUUGAUAAGAUGGCCACAACAAGGACAUAUGAAGUCUGUAUAGGCGUUGAUUUUAUAACUUCAUGUCUUCAGUUGUGUCUUGCUGCUUCAGUGAAAAGUCUGAAACUCUUCGGGUUCAAUCAGAGGGAUGAUUCCUUUUAAGGAGCUGCUGAUCCACUUAACACAAUUUCCCCUCAUAAUGACAUUUCAGUGACAAAAUACAGACUUUUUCCCGUCAAAGUCCUAGAGUAGAGACCUGGACUGCUUUAGGACUCUCAACUGUUCUUGUUUUUUUCUUCCUUUUUUUAAUAAGCUGUCAUAAAAGUUUGAAAAGUGCAACUUGUGACCUUUUGUUGAACAGAGUUGACGUCUGAGCUCUUUCCAUUUCUGCACCUGUACAGACGCACAGUUUAGACUGAAGGGAGCGUCAAGGUCAGACAGUGUUAUUUUAGGACUCGAAACUUUCACUGCCUCCACUUGAACAUAUUGUACACUGCAUUGCGAAAACUAAAGUCUCUUAUUCUGUCUUUUCAUAUUAAAACCUGCUCUUAGUUUUCCUUUACUCUUUAUAUCAAUUCUAUGUUGGACCGUCUUUUUAAAUUUGUGACUUUUUUUCUUGGAGAGAAAAACUUGCUUUGCCUUAUAUCUGUCUCUGCUUGUGGUGUUUGCGACAAAGAUCCAUCUCUUCCUCCUGAUUGACUUCAAGGUUGUUUUACCAGGAUUUCUUAUUUUCUCACACAUUAUCACAAAACAUCUACAGCUCACCCUGGAUGAAAGAUCACUCUGCUGCUGCUCAUCCUGAGGUUUCUUGCAUUUUUUAUCAGACAGAAACCAGACAAAUCUGUAGCUCAUGUAUGAUUUAGUGUGAUGGUUGUGUCUGGUCCUCCUCAGACAGACUUCUGUUUCGCAAUAAAAACUAAGAUGGCUCCCAGUGAUAUCGAACAUUUUGGUUCAGUCUUUGCAUCAGUGAUAAUGAAUAAAAUGAAAGCUGAUUCAGUUUUUCACACAUCUUUAUUCUUUCAUCUGAAAUUGUGGAAAAUGUCAGGUAAUUUUAAAUCCCCAGUUGUCGUCCUCUAUGACCUUUUUUUGUUUUUCAAUGGCCAAAAAAAUAAAUAUUCUGAGCUGAGGACAACAUCCAGAUUUUUGUACCUCCAUACGCAGCUGGGAGGAGAGACUUCAGAUUUGUCAGGGUAAAGUUUCUCAUGAAUAACUUGUAAUCAAAAUAGUGUAAGAUUUAUUUCACAGUUGACAAUGGUUGGUUUGUGGUUGCAGAUGUUAGGAACAACAUCAUGGCGUGCCAGCUGUUGUUUGUCGUUGCCAACAAAAGCAUUUGGGUCUGUAAUUGUUCAUAAUAAUCCCCUGAAACUGGUGUACAGAACAAGCCUCAUUUGCAUAGUAGUUUUGUUUUCUUUUUUCAGACAAAAGUGUCUAUUUUUUUAUUUAUUUCUAUUUUCAUUUUAAAUUUAUAAUCUGUAUCUGUACUCUUAUAAUCUGCUACACAGAUUUUAAAGCUAAUUUUGGUCACUGUGUGAUGUAGACUGGGGAUUUCACCAUGUCUGUGCUGGACUGUGUUGUUUAUUUCAUGCAGAAAUCAUGAUGAUGAUGGUGGUGGCUAAUUGCUCCUUUUGUUGGUGGGAAAACCACAAAGGGUUAAUGUCGUCUUGCUACUAAAUGCAUAAUCUCUUUCAUGAUCAGAUGGAAUCUGUAGCAGCAAAUUAAGCUAGCCAGCCAUGUCCUCUUAAGACAUCAAAUGUUCAAAAUCACUCUGAACCAGGAGAGACUCAGCCUUAUUUAAUUACCUUAUUGCAUGAGAAGCAGGAAACCUAGUAGUUUGAUCUGCACUUGUUUAAAACUCCAAUCAGUCAAAGUAAAUCAUUUGACAUGUCCUGUUUCAGAAGACCCAAAAGUUGUGUCCUGAAAAUGUCCAAGUGUUUCUGGGUAGUUUUUAUUCAGUUUUGAAAGAUGUGUUUGGACUACAAAAAGAGUGAUGUGACUAGAGGAGGGGGGAGAUAUUUCACUGUAAUCGCCACACCUAGAUAAUGGAACAGAGACAAGUUGGAAAUGGGGUGAGAAGAAACUGAACUACUGCGUGUCUCCAGAGGUCUACUCCAAGUGUUAGCCAGUUCUGUUUGGAGUAAUUUGUUUCGAAAGUACAGCACUGCAGGGAGCCUUACCUGGGACUGAGCACAGAGAACUCCAUUUCAAGGAACAAAACUGAUAAUUAUAGAGGCAUUUGAAGUCUGACCACUCCACUCUGUGUCCACUGUCUCUGCAGGUACAAAGACAGAAUGUGAGGCUAACCAGUUCCAGUGUGGGAACGGCCGCUGCAUCCCGUCCGUCUGGCAGUGUGACGGUGACGAAGACUGCACCGACGGCAGCGACGAGAACUCCUGUGGUAAGAAGCCGAACAGAUGCAACCAAAGUACUGUGAGCUUCAAACUUUUGAUGAUUACUUCUGUUUUUCUCUUUCUAUGUGUUGAUCUUGAUCUUUUGAAAAAUUCAUUUGCAACAAGUUAGAAGUCAACCAAAGAAUAAAUCUCAGAAGGAAUCAGAAGGACAUCAACUGUAAAAAGUUGCACACAACUUUUGAAACAGCAGUAUGAGAAGUUUCAUAAUUAUGUGACAUUGCAGCAAAAUCAGGUAGAGAUUAUGGAAAUGAGAAUAUUUAAUUUAUCUGUCAGUCAGAUAUUUAGAUGAAAACAGCCCUGUGCUCACCCCUUUUAGUCUCUGAAGUGACGGUCAGAGGACAGGAAGCUCUUUUGAUGCAUUAUGUUAAAAAUCAUCCAUUUAUCAAGUUUUACUAUCUAAAAGGCCAAUGCUACUUGUUUGUCUUCUCACUGUCACUCACCAAACAGCCUACAUGGAAAUAGACCAACUCCUUAUGUAGAUAUAGAAGGCUCCAAAGCUAAAAAUAUUAUGUUUUAUUUGGAUGAUAACACACUGAUUUGAACAAACUUACAGACGUUAUGCUCCAUUUAGACUUUGGUUGUCCUGAUAAAUGUGGUUAAGAUCUCCUCACUGAACAGGAAGAGGAGGGACGUACAGACAGACCUCUCACUCUGCAGUGGAUCAUGUGACAGAUGAUCAGAUAUGAGGGGCAGAGAGCGAUGAGAGAGUCUUGAUCCUGAGUGUUAUCUUAUGGGGUGAAAAAAAGAGAGAAGUGAGCACUGUAUUUUAACAGCAAAAUAUAUGCCUGUUGAAUUAAUAUGAUUGGGUUUCCUGAGGAGUACUUUAGUGUCACCUUAUUGUCUGUGAUGAUGUUUAUCUGGUUAAAUGACCACACUUUCAUGUAGGGCUGGGCGAUUAACAGGAAAUUUACCAAUGCCAAAAUUUAAGACAAUAACCAACGUCAUUUUGCCCGUGUCAGUAUAUUAGGUGACAAAAAAAUAAGGAAAAGUUGGUUUUCAAUGUGUGUAGGUAGGCUUUGGUCACAUGUCUCUUAAAGACGUUGUCCUACAUUCUAGACGUGACUCCACCCUGUCCAUUCGGAAACAAAGAGGGACAGACAGGUGAGGAGAUCGAGGACGGUUCAAAAGUUGUAGGGUCUGGAGCCACUACAACUCUUUGUCCACUUCUGCUGAAGUAGUCGAAGUUAAAGUGGGAAGGGGUGAGCAGCUUGUGGAGUAGUUAUCGUCCAUAUAGUGUUAUCAAGGUGAACUGCUCAAUAUAUUGUGGUAUUGAUUUGAGGCCAUAUCGCCCAGCCCUACUUUCAUGUUUGCUUUGAGGAUUUGUUUGGAUUGAGAUCAUGUAUUUUUGUAAAAGUGGGCAUUUUUCACGAGUUAAGCUGAUAAAGUUUUGAAGUUGUUGACCUAAAGUCUUGAGCAAAUAUUACUUGUUUGAAAAAACAUGUACCGCAUGAUAUUCUAGUAUCCAUUAGAGGAGGAACAACUAUUUGUCUCACCUAAAAAUAUGUGUAACCAACCUCCCCAAAGACACUUUUGUCCAGUAUAUCUAUCUCUUCUUGUACCUUCAUAACCUUUUUGUUCAGUGUUAAUUUGUUUCAGACAUACAUUAUACAUAGAGAUACUGAAAGCCAUCAAGUGUAAGUAUUAUAGUAUUUAAAGCAAAUAGUGAUAGUCAAACACCCUUCCUUAGGCUUUUUUUCAGAAUCAGAUUAAAAUGGUAAUUUAGGAGGGAUAAAGAAAAGUCAAUUGGGGGCAAUAAAAACACUUUUAGUGGUGGAAAAAAAGCUCUAAAAAUCAGAUGCGAUUACAGGUUUGUUGCAACAUCAACCAGAAUUGGGAUGCUCCCUUGAAAUGGGGAUUUUGCUCUGAGUUUCAUGUAAUCAGGUGGUGAGCUCCCGGAUUUAUUCCUUUCACAGAGAAAGCUGUCUGAGUAAAAAAUUGAUCUGUUUCUUUUCUCACUUGAACCUCUGCUCACCAGUCGGUUCUGCUGUUGGGUCUGGUAUUGCUCACAUGCUCAGCAGAGAAACCCGCAGAGAGAGGCUUGUAAUCUGGUAUUAUGUCCUUCUUUUAGAUGAUGAUGUGACCACCUUUUCAGUUUAAUCCAAUGUUUAUUCCCUCUCCUGGCCACAGUUACGCUGUGAUUCUGCAGAAAACACAAAACUGCAAAUUGACUGGUUGGCAGAGGCGUACAGCUGCAAGGUGUUUAUCAAAAGACUGAGGAACAAUGAAUAUAUCCUGAUUUCUAGUGUUGUUAUGCAGCAAGUACCUGAAAUAUCCCACUCCUCUAUGAUGUAGGUAUCCAUUGGCAUCCAUGACUGAUGAGAAAUGCAUCAGUGAAGCACACUUGAGCACACACUGGGUGAUAUAUUCCUUCAGAAACUGGGAUGACCCAUAUCUUAACACUUUGUGGCCUUCCCAAAAGUAGGCCAGCCUCUUAGACCCCAAAUGUGCUCUUGUUUUAUUAAAGAAGUAUAUGCACUUUGUUUUUUAGACCGCACACAAAGCAGUAAGAGCAACAGAUGGGCAGACUGUAAACUUUAACAAGUCUCAAAAUUACCCUUCAGUGCUCAUCAUUUAUGAGGUUUUAACAGAAGACUGAAUUAUGCACAGAGGAAAACAAACAGACCUCAUAUUUAAAUGAGCUUCACACUCUGAAUUCAGCAGUUUACUUAUAAUUAUAAUUGCAAUGAUAAUCACACUUGCAAUGACUGUCCUCUGUGGACAAAGAAUCCCAUGGAUGCUGCGAGCUGAGCUGCUCGCCUUGUUUUUACAGCACAUACUUUGUUCUGAUUUUAUUGUUUUCAUUGCUUCUGUGUGGUUCAUCAUCCCCCAAACGAACAGGUUGGUGCACAUAAGUGUCUAAAUAAUGUUUAAAUAAAUGUUUAAAAAAAUCUGGGACUCUUGGAUGCUCCUCAGCUGCGCUUGAUGGUCUCUGAGGUGAGCUGUUGCUAUCUUUGACCACUACUUGACCAAAAGGAUUUAUAAACAAAGAAAUGACAGUUAAAAAAGAGACUUCAGGGGAAGAAAAAGAAUAAAAUGCCAUCUUUAUCCUUUGACAUUUGUCUUCAGUAUGUUGUUGUCUCAUUUGUCGUCCUCCUCAAAAGUGCAACAGUCCAGGCUGAAGCUGUCUCUGCCGUUGUUUCUGUGUUUCUUUGGGGACUGGUUUCCAGUUUCAUUGCGUCUCCAUAUGAGUGGGCUGAAAAUGUAUUGUAUAAACUGUUGAUGUGGCCUGGAAGUGUGGGCGGCUGAAUGACAGUCUGUCUUCGUUAGAAUUGAGCAGGUUUUCCUGCCAAAGUGAAAUGAAGCUGACAAAAAAAGAGAGUCUGGGUAAAAUCAUUAAAGGCCACCUCAUAUGACGCUGGGUAACUUUCGCACUGACAGGGCUUGAUCCAAAAUUUGUUUUCCUACCUAGUUUUUUUGUGUUUUUUAGAUGUUGUUACAUUUUGCACCCAAAGGUGGCUUCCAGAAGGCACAGCAAAACAGUAUUUUCUUGGGACUCCUGGAUCAGUUAUGAAGGGAUUUGUAUCUCUCGCUGAAUUUUAUACCCUGAUAGGGCAGGGCGAUAAAACGAUAACGAGAUAUAUCGAAAAUUAAUUUCCCUCAAUAUCAAUAUAAAACAUGGUCAAUAUGCUUUUCGAUAGUCGGCAUUCUGUCAUAUUUUGGUAGACUAUAGAAAUAGCCAAUGAAAAGGGGAGUUGCUGCGGGUCCGCUCCAGGCUGAACCAAUCAUGUGCAAGAGCGAGGAGCCCAUGGCGCCUGUGCAACAGAAACAGCCGACCAUUCAGUCUGCUUUCUCUACUGCAACGCCUUAUGACAAAACGUCAAACGUCACAGAUGCAGUAGCUUAGUGUUUUGCAAAAGACAUGCGACCAAUAAGCACUGUUAAAUUUCAUUUUUUACAUCGUGAUAUGUAUCGAUAUCGACUGAUAUGAAAAAAAAUGUAUCAUGAGGAACUUUUUCCCAUAUCGCCCAGCCCUAUACCCUGGUUCACCUCCACAUCUCCUGAUAAGACCAUUUUGGAAGCUUAAAUAAGACACAAAGCAGUGGAUUAAAUCAGUUCUCUAUAUUAGCUGCUAGAUUGAAGAUUCUUCAGAUUAACUCCUGAUAAAAAAUGUAAUUAUACGUGUUACUUUGGGUGUGAGUUGAUCUUAUUCAAGAAAAAAUGUCACAUGGUCUCUCAGAAUUGUAGUUUUGCCUGCCACAGAGUUCACUUCACAGUUUAAAAUGUAAUAUUCUCAUGCUGACCAGGAGAGAGUGUCACAGCGUGCAUGAUCUUUUUAUUAGCCCUACAGGUAUUCUAGUAUCAAGUGGCCACAGACGGCACAGAUGGAGCUUGUUCUCACUAUUUCACAUUUACACGGAUGUCACAUGGUGCUCAGAACCCAUCAUGUUAGCUUGGCCUCACUGUGAGCAUACCCAGCAUCCUUUGGGACAGAAUGACCCGGUGAUGGAAGGUAGCAGAUAGAGCGGAGCUAAAUAUGGAUAUGAAGAGUGUACAUGCGUGUGUGUGUGUGCAUGUGUGUGUAAGACAUUUUCAGAUCUUUCUCCAUUUGCUUUUGUCCCUCGUCUAUCUGGGUCACAUGAAACUGAGGAGGGGAGGGAGGAAUGGGUGAAGGAAGUGAUCAAGAGAAAGGAAGAAAGCAAAUACAAGGAAGAGCAAAGUCUUUACUGCGGGUCGGUAUUCAGGGGGAAAAAUCCUCAAAGUCAGAUUUCACAAAGAAAUACAAGAGAUUUCCUGAAGUAAAUCAGCCGGUAUGAGAUUAAGUAGCUGCACUUCAUUGUCUGCAACACUAAGUCCAGAUUUAUGCUUUUCAACAGCAGCACACUGUACAGGUGUACACAAAUGAAAAAAAUCACAACUGCUGGUUUAUUUUGUAUAGUCUCUCUACAGCAUCUUGAUAAAAAUUUGUCCUUGAGGGAGAGAAAAAGGUUGUAAGCAUACUUAAACAUCUCUGAACAGUAGCUCGGCUCAGAGCUGCAAAGUCCUGCAUAGCUUAUGACUUAAAUUGUGAUUCGAGUGGAUAUUGAUCGGUGUGAAACAUCUGCGGGCAGUAAUGUUUACUUCAAAGCUCAAACAGGGACAUUGCAAGAUGACUAAUAUCAAAGUUGUUUGAAUAGAAGACUGAAUUUCGACCAGCUCACUAGUUUGAAGCUAAAAAAAUUCAAAUUUGAGCUGUGGCUACCAUUAGCAGCUAGAACCAGAGUCAUUUACUCCUCCCUAGCAGGUUCUUGUCCACUUGCCUUUGCUGGUUACUCAUACAACUACUUUUUUUUUUUUUUUGCACCUGGACAUUGGUUUCAUAGGGUUGUUGUUUGCUUACUGUGUACACCUGAUGGGCAAAAUGAAGGCAACUAGUGAAUGUGGUCAGAGAGUCUUAAACUAAGUAUGAAUGAGCAAGUAUGAAUUUUGAGUUGGAUAUUUGGAAUUACUCAAAGGUUCGGGUUACAUUAUUUGUGCCUGUUGGUAAAUUUGUUUUGCACGAAGCCAAUGACAUCCAUGACAUCCAGUAUGAUAAAAAGUACUCCAGGCUCCACCAAUCACAACUUUAGUGAGAGAGCAUAAUCAGUAAAUUAGAUGCAUAAAUAAGUAGCGCUCAGAUAAAAAAAAAAAAAGGUGACCUCUGAGAUAAAACCAAGGGUAAAGCAAGUAUAAAUGCAAAUAAAAGGUACUGAUAAAUAAUUACUUCUUCAUGUGCAGAUAUAUUCAAAGAGCUUUAUCCUCUUUGAUUUAUCCAGGCAAAGAUACAGUACACAGGAUGUUGAGUGUGCAUCGUCUGUCAAUCAAAAUACAAUUUUUCAUGAUUUGAUUCAUCUCUUCAUUCUCUCUCACAGCAGCUGAAACUUUGCUGCAUGUGAAUGUCUGUUAUUUAUUCAUUUUCAGAUCAGAGCUGCUUUAACUUCCAACUCUUAAAAAAAAACUGAGGCACACAGGCCUGUUAAAGUAUAAAAUUAAAGAAUAAGAGAGGAGAUUUCAUAAUGAGACCCGCUGUGACUUGCUGCUGUCAUGGCUCAAACCGAGGCUGGUUGUUUCUGGAGCACGUAUUUGUAUUCUGGUCAGAGAGGUGGAGGAAAGGCCUCAAGGAGACACUCAAGUGUGUGUGAACAUUUAGGUGCUGAGAAGACAGAGGUCUGAGUCGUGUUGUAUUAUGGACACUCUGAAAUCCAACUUGUAUUUUCCUACAGACUGUUGCGAGUGCUGUCUGGGCUGACUAACUUGAUUCGUUGCAGCAGAACCUAUUGUUAAGAUGGGGAUAAAUGAUUUAUAGUGUUAUAUAAUGGCAUGGUUAAAUGUAUAAUUGCAUGAGCCCAACUGUUAUUAAAGGUUUGCAUAAUUAACAGAGUCUGAAAGUGUAGGAGGAGAAGUGUUUGAUAGGAGACCUUUUAAUUCGGCUGAUCAUUUCUAAGUUAAAUGAGAAACACAAACUCCAAGUGUUCAGAAAAGAAAAGUUACAACUUUGUAAACGUACCAUUAAAAGCAGGGCUUACUUUUGUUGAGUUCUUUGCAAAUGUUAAGUUUAAGGUUUUCUUUAACAGAGAGGAAACAAAUCUUUAACUGGUGACCUUUUCUCCUGGUAAAGAUGGAGGUGGGCAGAGAGAAGGGUUGAGUUUUAGCCUGUAAUUCAUAUUCCUGUGGGGUGAGAGCAAGGAUGUGGUCUUUCUCCCCUUCCCUUCUUAUUAUUCAUAGGUUUCUAUUUCUAAUGUGAGAUGUUUGAUUAAAGAAUGUGAAGCCUGUCUCUCUUAUCCUUUUCUCUUCUAAUGAGUCCAUCUAUCUUUCUCUCCCACUCCAGUGAGAAAGACUUGUGCAGAGGCAGACUUCGUGUGUCGCAAUGGCCAAUGUGUCCCGAAGCGGUGGCACUGCGAUGGGGAGCCGGACUGCGAGGAUGGGUCUGACGAGAGUCUAGAAAUCUGCCGUGAGUACCUUCUGGACUUCAAAACACCCAUGAUUUCUGGGAACCAUGUGUAGAAUUUGGAAUAUUUAGUGAUUUCUAGUGUUCUGGUUCAAGAUUAAAUCAUCUUUGUCUCCCAACUGUAUAACCCCUCACUAAAUACAAGAACACGUCUACCCUGCUACCAUGUAGACUAAGCUAAUCAAAACAAAACAGUUUUUAUCUUCAGAGGAUUAUACACUUAUUUAAACAGACCUAUGUCAAUUUUCAUACUGUCCAAGUUUGUUCUGUUAGAUUCUAGACACUGUACUUUUUAAGAUUUAACUUGAUAAAACAUGGACAGGACUCAACAGUGCGACAGUUUCACUUGCAUUUGCGACUAAAAAUAGAUGUGUGCAAAUUGUAAAAUGUAUUUGGGGGCACAUGUGCGCAUAAAAAAAAAAAAAAAAGCUGAGGCAACAAAUGAUUUUUCACGUCGGUUGUUGAGUAAGGGACCAUUGAAAAAUUACUCGUUGAUUUUCUCAGAAAAGGCUGUUUUCCUUCAAUAGCUUUCAUGUCACGUGACCAAUUGACCUAAAAUUAAUUUCAAUUAAUAGUACUAAGGUCGGACAAUAAGAUACACCUCUUUAUUUUCCUAAUUUGUCCUCUAAAAAUUUUUAUGUUAAAUUUAAAAUCAAAUUUUGAACAUUUUCUUUAAUAGCUUCCAUGUCAUGUGGCCAAAAGACCUAAAAUUGAUUUUUGAUAAUAGUACUUACAUUGACCGACAAGACACACAUUAUUUAAUCAAUUUUCAUUGUGCCCUUAAAGUUCUUUGUGUGCUCCUUGUGAAAAAAGUUGGUGUCAAGCCCUGAUGGAUAGUCUCUGACCUCACCUACUGGUCUCUGAAGUGGGGUGUUUUGACACCAAUGAUGGUGGGAACCAUGUUGAAAAUACUGACUCAACCUAGGAUUUGUUCAGCUGAGUAACAGACAAAGAAAUGGAGCUGAGAAAGGCUUUCAGCUUCUCUGGCCAACAACUACAAAAAGCUUACAUGCAUAUCUAUAAACUUAGCUAUUCCCCUUAAACACAAAUUUAUGUAGAACUCCCAAACUUCAUAUUUUCAUAAAAGAUGUGCUGUAAAAAAAAAAAGUCAGUGCCUGCACAGAGUGUACAAAUAAACAAAUGAGCGAUAAAAACUUGGUUGUAAACAUGUUUAUCUUUGCUGCACAGUUGGCUGUUGCUGCCAGCCUCAAGUUAAUAGUUGUUUUUAAUUUGUGCUCUCCCACACUGGCCCCAUUUUUAACACUGAAGUUGAUGUUGAAUUAAAUGCCAAGGUCAAUAUAGAAGCACGUUUACUAAAGCUGGUUUAAAGUUGCUGUAGAUAGCUAUGAAUCUGUCUUCAGAAGGGUGAUCUCUAGACAAUAGAAAUUAUAACUUUAUUGGAGCUGAACAACAUCCUCUUAUUACCACUGGUGGUAUUAGAUCCCUGCUAACUCCGUAGUGGUGUAGAGAGAAGCUCCAAACUUGUUACCAUGGAAAAAACAUUAUGAUAUGCAAAGCUAUUGAAAUUAUUCAAAUUUUUUCAGAUGCUUUUUUGUCCAACAAGUUUAUCGUGGAAUAGAGUCUGAUUGAUAUGGUAAUUUUCAGACCGUUACCCAUUGAACAGGUGACAAUGACACUGAUUACUGGUAUACAGCCGAUAUACUCUUAAGCUGAAAGGAAAUUAGAGCAUUAUUUUCCUAAAACAAUGAGGUGUGAGCUCUUUGGCAGGUGGCACCAUGUCUUAGUCAACACGGACAUAGUUUUCUGCAUGAAUGAUCUAGUAAAAAGUAUGUUUUUACUACAGCUGUCAGGGUCAAUUCAAUUUUUGUUCAUUAUUCUUAAAAAAUACUUACUAAUGACUGCCCAUUACCCUCUCUUGGGUCUUGUACACAUGGGUCCCCCUGGGGGUCAAUAUUAUUAGCAGUUUUAAUUACUGCAGUCUCUGUGACUGCAGUGUAGUGUGCAGAUGUUCAAGCAGCAAGGACAACGUGACCUAAAAACACUAUUUCUAACCUGUUUGGGCUCUCUAGGAAGGUUUUUCCCCCUGAUGACAAAGAUCCAACAAAAAGCCUACAUGAUGUUAUUAGUGAUCGGUGGUGUUUAAAUAAAUCUAUAUACUAUUUUUGUUUGAGUAAGCGGGAAAAAAAAUCAAAAUUCUCUAAUAUUAGGUCCAAUUUUGGCCAAGCAGCUGCUGUAGAGUCACGUAAAUGUUAGGACUGUAUAAAUAAGUCCAUCAUAAGGGUGAGUAGCUGGAAUGCAAAGCUUUAGAUGAAUCAAGCUUCAGUACUAAAAGAUAGUCAUGUAACAGACUGAAAUAAAUGCUGAUGCCUGUAUAUGACCCAGAAAAAGCAAACCAGAAAGCGUCAAGAUUUAUGACUCAACACAGACUCAAGAAUAUAAGUGAGAACACAAUAAGAGUUGAAAACAAUGGGACCGAUGAAAAUAAUAAAUGAAAAACAAAGAAUGAGGACAAAAAAUUCAGAAAUGUAUGAUUUUUUUCUCUCUUGAAUGUCAGACCAUAAUCAUAACUUCAUAACCUACAAGCCACAGCGAUUUACCUUUUAUUUCACAUUUUUCUGAGCUUAGCUAGGACAACAGUAAAAAUCACUGUGGUAUAACUAAUAAAACUGCAGAUAAAGGCCGUCAUGCAGGUAAAACAUCAGAACUACGUAGGCGGAUUUAUGAAUGUUCCCAAGUCAUAAGAAAAAUGUGACAUUAAUCAAAGCUCUGUAUUUAACUGUAGGAUUAGACUGACUAAAUUGUGAGUUGGCUCCUCUUCUGAGAGUGAAUUCAGUGUUAAAGCUCUUUUGUUGUGGCCAAAACAGUUUAAGACUUAAUGCUGAUUAUUCCUCGGGUUGGUUUAGCAGCUUCAGUUUUUUAAAACCCCCUUUUGACCGAGAGAGUGCAGAGCAGAGAGUUCCUGCUGUGUCCGAAAGUAUCUUAGUGUUGCAGAAAUUCAGCGAGGCACUUAAAAGCGGUGAGGGGGAGUCUCCUGCGAGCAGUUCUGUCAAAUAAAUAAGUUGUUUAAAUAAAACGAAGGAGAACUGCAGGGCUUUAAAUGCCGUAACUGUGAUCUGAGGUUACGCUGGUGUGCUUGUUGUAGAUAAGCGAUGAUGGAAAGUGUUUAUAGUGAAGUUUCUUUUUAUUGAGUCUCUCCUCCGUGCUGCCUUCACGGUGUUGUUGUAAAGACAAAUGGACUGUGGCAUCUCCUCAGGUAAAACGAUAAACAUCAGAAGAAAGAUGAGGCACUUUAUCAGACACUUGUUGGUUUGAUCUUCGGUUUGCUCCCUGAAAGCUUCCUGAAUGCUGAAAACAGCUGAUUUUAAGGCAACUGAAGAGAAAUAGAAGGUGCCUCUUCAACUCGUUUCAUGGUAAAUACUGAACCUGACGUCUGCUCCUGACUUCCAGACGGCAGAGUAUCAGGAUGAAACCAGUAUCCUCAGUGGAGAGCGACAAAAAAAGCCUCGCUCAGGGGGUUGAUGAGACAUUCAGCACCUUCUUUUGAACUUCAGCAGCAGAGGAGAGUAUAGACUAAAAGCAGCUUUAUAUCUUUUAUCAAACCUUUUUAGUUUAUGGUCUUUUCUUUUGGGUAAACAUGUCGAAGAAAAAGGUAACGCUUGCCAAAUUGUUCAGAUGGACAUGAUGUCUGGAUUGUAGAUUAAAGGGGAAGUUCUCUAAACUGGGUGGGCUCAUAGGGAAUGUAUUAGAAUUUUUUAAUAUGAGCACAUCCAGCAGGCAUUUGAUUUAUUACUGACAGUCAGAAAAACCAUAGCUCAAAAGAAGAGGCAAGGCUCGGAGAUUAAUACUGCUGAUCAAUACCAAUACAUAUUUAUACUCUUUUGAACAAUGGAGUAUAAGGGCAGAAUUUGAUAUAUAUAUAUAUAUAUAUAUAUAUAUAUAUAUAUAUAUAUAUAUAUAUUUUUUUUUAGAUUUCAAAAAUUAAGUCAUCAUGUUAUGAGAACAAAAUUGAGAUUACUGAAGUGGUAAAGUGGUCGUUUUGGUUUGCCGUUUCAGGUUAACUUAUACUUCCUUUGAAGGUCUGUUUUUCAUACUGGUGUGUGAUUUAACAUUUAUCAGACUGUCAGUAUGAGCAACAUGUAUGUUGUUCAUCUUGCAUGCUUCUCAUGUGCACACACAACAUCUAAAGAAUACAUAGAUGCCCUAUUUUUUCCUCCAGACACUCCAUAACUCAAACGUUCUGCAUCGUGUAAGUCGAGUAUGAGUUAUUAGAUAACCAGUUACACUUACAUUAAAGCUUCAUUCUUUGAUGAGACAAAGUGGUACUCGACAACAGCCCCAGAGCCAAAGUAGCACACUUGUUCAUUGAUUUUAUCGGCCAUCUGUAAAGUCAAAGCCCCCGUUGUUGGUCAAAGCAGAUAGUCGGUCUACCCCAGUGUCAAACCAACAGGAGUUCAGCUGUCUUAUAUGAAGCCAACUUUGAAAGCACAGAGGGAGGACAUUUGGGUUUUAAAAAAACAGGAAAAUUACACAAACCUCCUUUUUGAAGCAGCGACUAAAAACAUGAAUAACCUUCAGUUUCUGUGUUUGUGAUGUUUGCAAGGGCAGCAGAGGUUGUUUUCACACGUGCAUGACCCAUCACCCCUCUGCACUCCCCACCAUAUCACUACUGCCACAACAGUCUUGUAUAUAUAUUAGUUAAAUGUCUCAUACAAACUAACCUUCCAUGCUUAAUGUGCACAUAUAGGGAGCAAAGUUUACCCGGGUAAAAUUCAAAUGUGCACACAUCUUUGACCAUAUCAGAAUCAGAAUCAAUUUCACUGUCUAAAGUUCAGGGUUUGAACAAAACGGUCCUUCUGGUGUCUGCUGCAGUGUGUCAGCCUGGAAGUAACACCAAUCGAUGAAUACUUUUACUCCCUUGCAAAAAGGAAAUGCUAGUUUUUAGUGGGGAUCAAUCUCUCCUUCACUCUGAUGUAGACCUGGUGUGUGCAAUGUGAUGCUGCCAAAACCCGAGUGGCGCAUUUUGGGUUGUCAUGGCACCGGAGUUGUUCAAAGAGCUGUGUGGUGUUGAAUGAGCAAGUCAUAACAGGUGUGAGCUAAAAGCAGCUGCAGGAUAAGCUUCGAGAAUGAAGUGGAAAACAAACUUGAAACAGUCAUUCUCAGUGAUUUAGCCUCAUUAACUCAGACAGUGAAUGAUGCAAAGUCUUUCCCAGAACACUCGGGCUUAACAUUGUCGGGGGAUUUGUCUUACCUUUACAACACCUGUUCUGGGUUUCCCUGUCUUCGUAAAUCAUCGUAGUCCUCUGUCCACACAUCUGCAGCCUUCCAUACUGGAGAAUCUUAAACAUUUUUUGCAUCUGUAUUUUUGUGGACAACAAAAACAGAAAAGUUGUCGUUACCUCAACCUGCCCACUGCAGCUGUUGUUUAUUUGAAUAGCAGGAGAACAACUUUCUUCUGUGGUGUUUGACGUGAUAGACUGAUUACACAUUAUCGUCACCUUCUGAUCUACCUGCUUAUGUGUUUAUUUUCACUGUUUCUGCAUUGUCUUGAGGACAGAGACUUAAACUUCAGAACGUGUGGUAGAGAUUUCCAUGUAAAGAAAAACAAAGAUUUAGCAUUUAAAGUAACAGCUUCACACCUAAAAACUCAGCCUCUCUUUGUUGAUAGCUGAGCUGCCACUAAUAUAAUCAGUUUCCUUGAAUGUUAUGUAAGAGCCAGGUCAGUGAAGAUUGAGUCACUUUGUAGUCUCCUGGUUUUGUGCUGAAGUUGGCCGAUGGCCAGAAGACUAUGAUAGACUCACUGGAGAAAAAAAAGACUUGGAUUAAAUAAACUUUCUUUUCCAGUUCUGCUGAACUCCAGGAUCAAAGAAUAGAGGCUUUGUCAUAAAGAGCAGCCAAACUUGAUUGAACUAACACAGACUUGAUUCGGUCAGUGGAUCUAAUCCUCCUUUUUUUCUUUUACCUGUGCACUGGUCCAUGUUAUCCAGCACACCUCCUUUUAUUUCUGCUGAAUUUGUUCGUUUAACUCCUUGCAGAGAAAGUCACGAACAGACACUAACAGUCCUUGUGCUCUUUGAUGUCAUCAGGUUGUUCUUGCAGAGGUACAACUCGGUAGCAUGUUUGGAAGUGUGUAUCAGUCAACUGAAGGUCUUUAACGGUUCAUAGUCUUGGGCGUGUGUGUGUGCAUGCUUUUAAAGGUUGUGUUAAGUUCAGGCCAUGGCGUACGUGCAGGUCAACCUCGCCCCUAUAUCUAGCUGUCAUAUCACUGUACUGUUUGACCAGCUGUUACACAUAACUUGGCAGCGGUGAAUGGAAUCUGAAGCGUGUGUGUGUUGGCUUGGCUGGUGACACUUCUGUUAUGUUUGCAUCAGUUUUGUUGCGUCACUGUUUAAUUCAGAAGGUGAGCUGCGCUUUUUUUGUUCACCUAGUCACUUAAAAAAAGACAACCAGGAUGUCAGAGUCCUACAUUAACUCCAAAAUAACAACCUCAACCUCUGUAGACCAUCUGUGCUUCGUUUACUCAUGUUGACAAGUUCACUUUGCUGUCAGGUGGAAAUCUUUUGUCAGCUUCUUUGUCAGUGAGAAAACAGCUCUGGUUUCAAAUAGACUACAGCGUGUAAUUAAUCUGACAAUGAAAGGUCUAUGAGACACAAUCACCUUGAAUGGUACUUUGGAUAUGAUCAAUGCCAAGUCUUAAUGAUGCACAGACCAUCAUUCAUGCCUACAUUUGAUUGUGUCUGGACUAUUUUAACAGAUAUGAAUUAAAAAUCAAUAUAUGGUCUCCAAGAUGAGCUAAAAGGAGCAGACAGACUCACAAACCACUCAUUUUAUGACAUUAAACUUAAUGUCUGUGUCUUUUGGGAUUGAUUUUAUGAUUCAACUUGACCUUUUGACUUCUUCAUGGCCUGCUCGUUUGAAAUGGAGUAAAAGUGGGACAGAAAUGACAGAAUAUAUUGUUGAUGGUGUGUUUUUGUGCUUUUUCAUGCAGACAUGAGGACAUGUCGUGUGAAUGAGUUCAGCUGCGGGGCCGGCUCCACUCAGUGCAUCCCGGUUUUCUGGAAAUGUGACGGAGAGAAGGACUGUGACAACGAAGAGGACGAAGUCAACUGUGGUAGGUGGACCUGCAUGCUUAAACAUUUUAGGUGUGUUUUCUAUGUUUCCUACACAUCUGCUACUUAUUAUUCAGAGGUUUAAGGAUGCACCUCAACCAUAUUUGGCAAGUUAGGCUUUGUUGGUAAAUGUUUCGCUGCUACUGUUAGUCACAACCAGCAGACUUUUGAAACUUUAGUUUUGAAUCAUUUGUCGCUACUAACAAAAUCCACACCUGCCUAUGUAAGUGAAAUAUUGCCUAUUAUCAGAAAUCACUAUUUUAAUUCACUAUUUUAUGAUCACAAUAGACAGAUACUUUUGAAAAAUCAAAUUUUAACAUAUUAAAAUAUAAAAAAUUCAGCAAAUUUAUUUGGCAAUAAGCAGGUUUUAGCUUCACGUGAGGUUAAAACUAUGAAAAGUCUUCUACUUGUGAUUUAUACAUGUUCAAUGGUGAUCAGAAAAUUGAUUACUCAGAGGAGCUUAGUUGGGCACACAACAGCGUCACUCUGCACGACAGCACACAUGACACAGAGCAGUAAAAGACGGCUGGUUAUAUGUGAGAAUAUUCCCUGUUUACGUCAUGGUAUGUUUACAGAGUCCUCAGGAGCCAGAUGAAGAAAAAAAAGACGUGCAGAUUCGUGCACAUAGUCGAACAGUUGUUAUCCAUACUCAGGGAUUUGCAUGUAAUUAUCCUCGGCACCUUGAGGAUCUGUCCAUGUGUUUUAACUAGAGGUCUAAUCUAUCUAUAGGAGGCAGGGUUACCCACUGAAGCUGAGGCUUUUGACUCUGCUGACCCUCCGCAUGCAUGCACACAUGCACACACGCACAGUGGGAGCUGCCUUUUAUGAAACCCAAUACAGGCUCAGACUGUUGAAGCACCAACAGUGAUCUAAAGGAGGGUGUGACACCACCACUCACAGGAGAAAGUGACGUCUUUUUCUUAGUUUUACUUAACCCAACAAGUUUCCUUCUUUCUCCUCCCCUCUUGUUUCUAUGUCAUGCUCCUUGGUUACAAAAAGCAUAUGAAUCAGGGUAAUUUUUUUAGUACGGUUGACGCCUAUGUGUAAAUCUACACAUAAAUUUAAUAACAUUUCAUGAAUGAGACCCAACAGGUCUGUGUGUUCUUACCUUUAGACGAGCAGAAACUAAAUUUUAGUUUACAAGACAUUGAAAUGAGUCUUUACAGCGAAUAACAGAAGUAAAAUGAUUUAAAAAAAAUACUACUUCACAUGAAACUAACAAGGCAUUUCUUCUUCAAAAGACAAUUUUCAGCCAUGGUGCACAGCAUCGUAGGAUUACAUAUCAGAACCUCAACAUUUAUUGGUUUUGUCAUUCAGCGCAGGCACUUGGCAGUUGCUGUCAAAAUACAAAUUUAAAGCCAUAGAAAAGCUCAUGAUUCAUAGUAACGAUAAGAAUUGGGUCAGCUCUCGUUGAUCUGGAUGUGUUAGGAUUGCACUGUGAUUAGUGUGUCAGUGUUUGUCAAGAUCAAUCAGUGAAAAUGAAGUCUCCCUCCUAUUUAAUACCCUGCUGUCGCCUUUUCAUGUGUUCAGACCAGGUUGUGAAUUUCCCCAAGAUUGAUUAGUGCUAAAUGGUCUAGAACUCUGAUGACCUCCAAUGAGGUCACAGGAUCAUUUCUGACCUUGAGUUGCUGAGAACCACUUCAAUGCUCAUUGAACAACUGACCAACCUGUCAGCACCAUGGAUUACUGGCUGAAAAACCAUGUUACAUUUCCUGGUUGCAUUUUGGGAGGAUUGAAAAUUUCCCCCUGAUAUCCUGAGAGCACCUCAUUUUCUGAAUACAUCCCAGGGGGAAUCAUUUCCAUAUUCCAGCAGACACCAUUUUACCAGAUUCAUCGCACAAGGCCUGACAGCUGUGAACGUGAUCACACUAGAUAGUUUUCAUUCUGGUAGAAUCUGGACCUGCAUGAUCUCUUUAUAAACUUCGCUCUAGGUCGUCCUCAGACGAGCCUUCCAUCGUCGCUUCCAGUCAUCUCGAUUCUCCAUACAUCUUGCCAGUUCGUUGGUACUCUGAGCUCCUGCAUCCUUCUUGAGUAUGUCCACGUAUGUUAGUGUAGGACGUCCUCUUGACCGAUGCCCAUGUGUUGGUUCCCACAGCACCAAUUUGCUGGCUGGCAGUUCCCAAUGCCUUUGGCAGUGUCCUGCUAGUCUCAUUUUCCUUACAGCAAUCUUCUUGCUCACCCUUGGUGUUCCCUCAUACAGUGUUCUGUUGGUUACAUGUGCAUUCUUGUUGAUGUUGAAGCACUGCACGCAACAUCCUGGUGUAGCACCUAUCUAGGGAUUUCUCCAGGGUUGGCUUCAGGGUCCAGCAUUCACUGCCAUAGAGGAGAACGGACUCUACUGUGGCGUAGAAGUGGCUGAGUUUGAUUUGGCGGGGAGGUUGGAGUUCCACACACUGGUCAUGCCGUUCAGGGCUCUCCAUGCAAGUGCCUUCCUCACUUUUAGAUCUUGUUCAUUUGAGUUGACCCAUGAGCCCAGGUAUUUGAAGUCCUCGACUUCUUUCAGCACAGCGCCUCCUGCUGUAGUCAGAGGUUGAUGUUGUAGGUGAUGACCUCAGUUUUCUUGGCAUUUAGCCUAAGGCCUGGCCAACCUUGGCACACUCUAGCUCUUCCCUGUUCAGUAGUUCUUGUGCUUGUUCCACGUUGUCGGAGAGCAGACUUGUGUCAUCUGCAUAGUCAAGGUCUGUGAUAAACUUGCAGAGAAAUGCCAGGGAGGCAUAGAAGCACCCUUACAUUCAAACACCGCAUGAAGAUUUGACAUGCAAGCCCUGGUUACAUGAGGCAUGCAUUUAUACGAUUCCAUUAAUCAGAUGAAGGUCAGUGCGCUAUAACCUGAACUCUGAGUCAUUUGUGUCAUUGUAGUGGUGACUGCAAGGUUAGCUACUGGGGAAGCCCUAAAGCAGCCUCUUUACUGGUUAUUUAAGAGGAAAUUUAGAGCUCAGCUAAACGAUGAGUGUUAAGCUAAGAGCACAGAGACCGGUCAAGAUUUAGUACAAUUUAUGUAGUGUGGUUUAAUAGAGAAUCACAGUGUCUGUGGUUUAAUCAUGUCAAUUUCAUUAACAAAGUAGAGGUAGACUGAUUAUCAGCCUUGGCCAAUUACUCAGGCAAGACUUUGGCAUUUGGCCCAACAUUAUGAGUCCUUUAUUUUACACAUGGCCCACAAAACUGAUUAAUGCACCACCCUGUCUAACCUAAUGUCCCGCCCACAACACUGUCUGAUUGGCUAGACAUCACAUGACCUCGGAAGUGUAACUGGUUACCAGCUGAGUCCUGCUGAACAUUUCAGUUUUGGCUCAACAUAAGCGAAAGGCUUUCAGUUAAAGUUUUAUGUUGAAGUUUAUGAUAUUCAAAAUCCUAAAUGUUCAUGCAAAGCUUUUUAUUUUUACUGUCAGUGUCAGUGUACUUAUGCUGACGGUUUUUCAAAAACACACCUUUGAAUGAAUAUCAAACAUGAAGUGAAAAUGUUUGGAUACAGUUGAAUUUUCCAAUCUUAUUAGUGACUGCCUUCCUUACCACUGGCCCCUUACCAGAGGCUUGUUAAAAGGCCAUCACACGUAUUGCCACUCAGCAGUGACUAACAAGCCAUUAGAUGAGCACACAGGCUUGUCAUUAUUGAUGAGUAAUUGACUAACCCACCUGCGAGGGGGAUGGGAAUUAUUCUUUUUAGUUGAGCUAGCUAGCGUGAAGGCUAAAGGAGAAAAUAUCAGGGCAAAUGCCAUUAUUGAACUUGACUUAUUGGGAAAAUAAUGUGUUGUUACUUCUCAUCUUAUCCUGAACUCUAAUGUGAAUACAUCAGAAGCAGUAAGUGUGUACAGAGAGGAACAAUUGGACCUGACAGAAAAUGCUGAAGAACUCAAGUGUGCUGCAUAUAUUUUUUACAUCUAUUUUUCCUUUUUAUUUUUGCUCAGCAGUAUUUAGCAGCUGUUCCUGGGGGACUUGGAUGGAAUUUUUGAUGAGAUAAACAUUUUGAAUUAAGAGUAAUUUGUUUAUUUGAAUUUAGUCGAUUAUAAACCAUUAAAACACUUCAAUGGAAUAAAAAUAAGUGACUAACAAUCAACACCUUCUGGUUGAGAUAAAUUUCAAGCACUGAAAUCCUGUAAUGAAAUCUCUAAUACACGUAUGUCCUCCAUCUGAACAUGCGACUAAUGAGUGAGUACCAGCUGCAUAUCCGCAUGAGUCAACUGAUAUUGAUUCCACUCGAGCAGACCAUCCUCUCAGGCUGACGAUGCUAAUCAAAGAAGUGAUCUGCUUACAGGCAGGAGACAUUUAUCAAUUGUGCUCUUGUUUGCUCACUUUAAGUCAGUGCCCGCUGACGUCCUUGAACUCUUUUAUUACAGUGUAAAGUGAAACAUGUUUUCAGGCAGUGACCUUAAACCCAGCAUACAUGUUAAAGUAAGCCAUCAAUGGUCUACACAUAAAUCAAAAUCUCAGUUCCAGACUCUUACAUCCUCUAAUCUUCCAGUCGCGUAAAACUACCUUCCACCAAAACAUGUGCUGUGCUUCGAUUGUUAAGGAAUGCAGGAUACGUGGUACAGCCACGGUCUUAAUAUGCAAGAAAGCAGGAUUGCUUGCACUCUAUGCAAUAAUAAGCAAUAGUAUGUGGAACAUAAACCUCUCUUUAUGGGGGCCACAGCAUGGAUUCUGUAUGAAGUCCCUAUUGUGUUUAUCUUUUGCAUGCACAAUGACACAGAUAAUGUCGUGCACAUUCAUAACAGAAAGCAUCAGCAGUUGAACGCCUUCUGUGGAGAGGAGAAGAGAUUAUGAAAGGUUCAGAUUCUCGAUAAGAAAGCCAUUUCAUAGGAUGAUAAAUGAUCUUAUGAAACUGCUUGUUUGACCUUGACAGCCUGUAGCUGUGGAGCUGUUAACCCUUUCAAACCUCUCACAUCUUAUUCCUCUCCCUCAAACCGCAUCCAGGUAACGUCACCUGUGCUCCAAACGAGUUCACAUGCGCCAGCAGUCGCUGCAUCUCCAGGAACUUUGUGUGUAAUGGUGAGGAUGACUGUGGCGACGGCUCUGAUGAGUUGGAGUGUGCUCCAUCCUCCUGCGGUCCCAGUGAGUUCCAGUGUGGGAACUCCUCUUGCAUCCCGGCCAGCUGGGUGUGUGACGACGACGUGGACUGCCAGGUAGGAGAGAGAGAUAAGAACUAUAAAUACAUGUACACUGUCAAAGAAUUAUCUGACUGCUACACACUCUUAGCCAAUAAAAAAGUGGUAACUAGGAUCAUAGAUAUGUUUAAAACAAGUUUGCAUGGUGUAAAAAGGUCAUGGAAAGCUGUUUUUCCAAAUGCUGCACCCCUUUUGCUUGAGCUUCCCAACAUGCUCACAUAUGUGGGUCUAAUCUUAAGACAACAUUGUUAUUUAAAUCACCCCAACUGUAGGUUAUGACUGAUUUCGUGUUUUUCAAUCCUCAUCUAAAAUUAAGCAAAAGGUAAACAAACCUGAUCUCCUUCCAGUCAGCAGAAGCUCUGCACCCAGUGACCCGAUAAAGGAGUAGACUUCACAUGGGAACAGAUUUGCUUGAUGUUCUCUUCAAGACUUGUCAGCUAAACAAACAUGUAAAAUGACUUUAGGUCUGGCUCUAAAUCCCCCCUCUCUGAACUUGAACCUGAUGUGAGCAGUUAAGCAGGACAGAUCAGCUCUAUCUGGCACAGUUUCACCUCCUGGCAAGAGAAAGCAGUUUGACCCCCAGCCCUGAUAACCUCUGGUUUUCUCUCUUUGCUCCUGCUCUCUGCAUAGAAAAUUUAAUGAUUCUUAACCUCCCCUCUAGGAAGGAAAGUUGUUUUUAGGGGAGUUAAAAAUAAACGUGUGGUCAUCAGAGUUGAAGCUGAAUUGCUAAUUUGCUGACUGCUGAGCUUUAAAUCUUGACUUUUUGCUUCGCUGAAUCGACAGCUCUCUCUCUCUCUCUCUGAUGAUUUAAUUCUGAUACAAUUUGACCUAUUUCAAAUGAAUCACAAAUAACUAAAAACACCCUAGACAGUUAAAAAGAAACCCUGCUAAUUUAUGGUAGUCUAAAUUUAUGGUAGCAAAGACCUAGUGUCAUCAUGCACUUUGCAGGGGAAUAGCUACGCCUUUUUGUUUUUUAGCUGCAUCUUUGUAAAGUGAACAUAGCUGUAGUACCAACAACAUCGUAGACUGACAGUCAGCUUGAAAUCCUUGUAGAGUUCACCCAAUCCAUCACCCACAUAGGUGGAAACACCGAAUAAGAAGUUUCACGCUCAAAGCGGGUGUGUUUCUUAGCUGACUUUCUGGAUGUUCAUUUUUUACAGAAGGCAAAUCAACUUGACAAAACCAACCUAACAAAAAGACGUGCAGUUAAAAUCCAUAGAAAGUUUCAUGUCAAAGUCGGUUACUUCUCGAUGCCUCAUGGUUGGACUUCAGAGGCUGCAAGGUGAGCUGCUGCCAGCUUACCUUUUAGCUUAGUAGUGGUCUAAAAUCCUCCAUCUGGUUGAAUUUUAUUUACUCAAGACUCACAGCAUCAUGAAAAGGUAGUUAUCUACAAACCAAAGGAGGUGUCUUGGUCUUUUGUUAGCAACAAAAAAUUUACCUGAAUUAUUGGUUAUAAAAAAGAGAAAUGAUUUUAUGGAAACAAGCAAUCUUAUCUCAGCGUUCACCUUUUGGAUGGAGGAUUAAGUUGAAUGGCUGUUUUGAUGCAGGCAGAUGAAGAUCAGGCUGGUCAUCAGCUCCCUCCUCCCAACAUUGAUUUGGCAUCAAUUUCUGUAGGAAGAAGAGCAGGCUUUUUGGAUUAAUUCAUUUUUUUCACAGCUGUUAAUUUACCAGACUUGAUAUUGUUGUUGCAAUAUUACAUAUAUAAUCACACAUUGUAUAUUUUUUUUAUCUUAAUUUGCAGCCCUAAUUUUAAUAUCUGGCAGAUUUAAAACUCUGAAUGCGUUUUACAGACCAAACUCGAGACUCAUGUCGACUCAAGCGUCACUUUGUGGUAUAUAAUGGAGUAAAAGAAGACUUAGCUGGAGCUUUCAAUUUAGCUGAUAUAACUGAUUAAAUUGUGAGCGGGGCUUAUCCUUUAAAAAUGAUGUACUCAUGGUUUAAAUACAGAAUUAUGAGGCCUUAAGUCAGACACUGUACGUUCCUCUGGUCUAAAAGAAACAUGACAAGAUUAAAAAUUUCUUUCUCAUCAGGGAUUUUGUGGUUUUAUCACCAGAAACUCAGACAAGCCAGGCGUCAAAACACACCCUCUCUUUUACUGUAAUUAACUGUCCAGUAUGAGUACCAUGGACGCAUAAAUACACACACAUACACACACAUACACACUGGUUCUGCAAGUUCAAUCUCUGCAGCACCCGCUGGUUAUUGACCUGCCUCAUGUGCACACACAUACUCAUUCACACACACACUCUCUCACACACACAGUUUGACACUCCUCGCACGUUUUUCACACACGGCAGAACAAGUUCCACUGAGUCUGCGAUCUGCUGUGUACCUGUUAAUUAGCUGUGUGGUUAUCACUGUGACGGCCGCACAGGAAUAUUGAUGCAAACGUUCACACCCACAAAUAUUUAAAUUACUGUGUUCAGUUGGAAGGUCAUUGUUAUUCCCUGUCUUUCACCCAGCCGGUCCUGCGUCCGUGUUAUGGCUCUCUAGACAAACACACACAUUCUCACAGUCCAUUAAUCUGCUCCCGCAUGAGUCAGGCACUUUGUGAGAAUGAUGAAAGUGUGAGAAACUCGUCCUGCUGCUCCGCCUGAUCCCAUUCUGUCAGAUUGCACUGUUAAAAUUCUAAUUAAAGAGGUAAUCGUCUGUGAUAUCUGGGUCCUAAUAGCUCCCCGGCUUGUCAUAUCUGCCCUGCACGUCCCCCUCAUCACCUGUCUGUCAAACAGAGCGGGCAAGCUGUGGUGUCUUUUUACAAUUCACUGUCAAUCUGCUCUUUCCUCUGCUGUCUGGUGCUUCGGAAAGCCUGCAAACCUUCUGAAAUUACUUUUAUUGUGUUUCUAAUUGUUGUACAACAUUUUGUGUCUUUUGUACACAUGAAAAUGAAUACGCUACACUCAUACUCCAGUACGCUUUUUCACUUUUUAGCUUGCUUAGAUGAACCAGUGAUUGGAGGCAGUCAUAAAUGAAUUCAUUGUUAUUCAGUAUACCUGUUGCACAACGCCAGCCCAGCCAGUUCCAGUGUGACAACCCUUUUUUGGUUCAGAUCGCCCUUCAUACAAGUUAAAUAGAAGGGGAACAUUCAUCUAAGACUUCAAAAGACUCCCCGCUAAGCUGUCUAAAGCUCAACUGGUGGGUUGGAUACAAUAAUAAGAGAUGAAAGGCAAGCAGAUGUAAAAACAUUUAAAAGUAUUCAGACUCGUAUAACUUGUCCGAUGAAGGUUUUGUGCCAAAAAGUUUUUAAGUUUGACAAAAUGCAAAAGCCUUAUUGCAACUUUAGAUCCUCUUCUGUCAAGUCAUUUGUCUAAUAAAAUAAAAUAAAAUAAAAAAUACCUCAAUGUUAGGAGAAAAGAAAGCCCCUUCUCUGACUCAGUUCCCUGUUUAAAUGUCCUGCUAAUCUUCAGUCACAGACUCCUGUUAAAAAUUCAAACAGGGCUCUGGUUAUAAAUCAAGCUUCAUAGAGGCUGUAGGACUAGAGGUGGGUAGUCUGGGUUUAAUUUAUGCCUGUGGUCUUUCAGCACAUGGCAUUCCCCAUCCCCUUUUUAAUUUAUCCAUUGUCGUACCUCUAAAUAAUAGUUUUAAAAAAGAGAAAAUACACACUCUGUAAUCAAAUGAAAUGGAAAAGAAGUGUGUUUUCUGCUGCUUGCCAUAGCUGAGUGUUUCACUGGUGUCUCGGAAGGCUUCUUCAAUGAAGAUGAACAGAAAUAGUCAGUGUAGAGAGUAAAAGAGGCAGAAUGCAGAGGCUGCAAUGCAGUUUUGGGGUCCAUCAGCUGUAAACGAGUGACAACUUGGCUUUUUUUAUGCACUAUAAACAGACAUCUGCAGGAAGGAGUACUCAAGAACGUGCCCACAGAUAUCACUUUGCCACAUUCACUCCAUUGUCACUUUUCAAGCUGGUAGUUGAACUGUAAACAAAGGCAGUGCACAAAAAAGCCAUUCCCUCCCUAAGGACCUAAUUUGCUAACUGUCUGUAACAUUCGACGCCUCAAACAGUCGGUUGUUUCUCGCAGAGGCCAGAGAUUGAAGAUAGGUAGUGAAUAUAGCUGGUAACCUUAAGGCUGACAGCCAAGAAAUUACAACUGGAAAUUAAGUCUUAAUGAAAGCUGGUUUACUGUGAAUAGAAAAGCUGUCACUGAUUGUUGGCUGCAUCUGAUCUGGUUUAUUUCAUCAUACUUUUCUAUCAAAAACAUCUGUUUACCCAUCAAAAACAAGCUUUAACUCUUAAUUUGAUUCCUCAGGUGAGAAUAGACUUGAUCACAUUGUCCCUCCAUCUCUGAAGCAUCUGUUUUAUUCUCCCCUGCAGGACCAAUCCGAUGAGUCACCAACCCGCUGUGGCCGUCACCCAACGCCGCCGGCCAAGUGUUCAACCAGUGAGAUGCAGUGUCGCUCAGGAGAGUGUAUUCACAAGAAGUGGAGGUGCGACGGGGACCCUGACUGCAAGGACGGCAGCGAUGAAGCCAACUGUCGUACGUACACACCAGCUGUGGCGCAAAGUAUAGACUGAGCAUUUAGUGGAGAGUUAAGAUGAUCAAUGCAAGGAGCAGCAGAAGCUGAAAUCUGUUGUUUGUCACACUUGAACUAUUUUCAGUUAUAGGUUGACUAUUGAUAAUCCAUCCUGAAUUAUCAAUUUUUCUGUUUAUCGCUUGAUAAAUCCAUAAGGCAAUUUAGGCAGUCAUCAAAACCUACUAGAAUAUAAAUUGAUAUUUUUAGAGUGGGGUCUGCACAUUCUGAGCAAAUACAGUACAUUCAGUCAGCAAUAUCCUAAAACUGAGAUAAGAAGUGGAUUGUCAUGCCGAGAGCCGCUACCAUGAAUGGAUUAGUCACGAAAUUUUUCCAUCGGCCACAACAUGAGUUAGUCGUUUGAGCUCUCAUAUCCUGCGUAAUCCUGUUUUGUUGGUGUGUCUUUGGCAGCCGUUCGCACCUGUGGGCCGGAUCAGUUCAAAUGUGAUGACGGAAACUGCAUCCUUGGCAGCAGACAGUGUAACGGCCUGAGAGACUGCAGCGACGGAUCAGAUGAAGUCAACUGCAAAAACAGUACGCAUACCCUUUUGUGUGUCUGUGUGUGUUUGUGCCACUCAACAAGUUUGCCUUUGUAUUGUCUUGUGAGGUAAAUAAUGCUCCUUUGACCAACAUGCCCUCGUCACUUUUAUUGAACGUCGUCAAAGAGUCAGACCUGAGGCUGCCCUGAAGUUCAGAAACUCUGUUGUCAUAUAGAUGUUAUUGUUGUGCUGACAAUCUUUGCAUACUUAGCAGAUGUGUUUUUAUAGAUGUCAAUCACAAUGGGCUUUCUAUAUUGAGCAUGUUCACAUAGAGUAUCUGAGAACUGAUGCUCUCCAGGACUAUUUGAAGUUAUUUCUGUGUCUGUGCUACAUUUGCAUUUCACACAAAGAUUUAAAAAGUACCUUUAAACACCUCUUUCCAUCACUUUAGUUUUUCGCCUAGCUUAUAGUUAUUAGCAGUUUGUUUGAUGAAGGUUGUGGAAAGUCCUCAAAGACUCUUUUUAAGAUUUAUUUACCUCUACAUUUCUCAUUUAGAUCAACAACAAAGAGAUUCAGAUUCAAAUUAGGUUUCUUUUUUUUUGUGUUUUUUCAAUAUUUAAGCCAAGCUGAGAGAAACUUUCCUUUGAUUAAGCUCCAACAAAAACUAUAAGUUGCAUAAAACAGGGAUGUACUUUUAGUGUAGUCACUCAUUAGUUCAUGAAGUAGUGUUGUGUAGCCCAAAGAUGGGUAUCAAAAGUGCUGAUUCUAGCUAAUAUAUGCAGCUAAUCUAGGAACAUUAGAGAUGGAGCUUAAGCGAUCAUUUAGUCUCCUGGCAAAUGAGUAUCGCACAACCACCUUACAGUCAAAUCAGCCGUUUAUGAUGCUAAUUAGGCUAAACUGUUGGACUUGCUUUGAUCGAAAAUGGAGGAGUUGGUAGGAAAUGUUACCCAUUUUGUUGUGUGGAGAACGAUCUGGAUAAAAUUGAGGGUUUUUUUUUUUGUCCCAUGUCAUAGGGAUGUUUCAUUCUGCUCUAAGAGUUUAACUCUUGGAUCUCACAAGGUUUCAUUUUACUUUUAGAGACUUAAGAAGCUUCAGUUUUUUGCUGUUUUUAUUUUGGCUUCAAUGAUGAACACGGGGGUUUGAGAAGGACUUCAUCUUUCAAGUUAUGAAAACUUUCAGAAACUGAAUACAUGAUGAUGAGGCUAAAAUCUCAUCUUUCUCGUGGUUCCAGUGUAUUUUUCAGUGUUAAUCUUUUAAAUGUUUUUGUUGUACCUAUAUUUGUCCAAGAAGUGCCACUGACAUCAAAGAUGUCUUUUUCAUUGGAGACCUGGCCAAAGUAGCAGGCAGAAAAAUCACAAAGAGAGAAAAAACAAAUCAUAGAACAACACAAAGUUCAGGCAUCAGUCCUAAACUAUUUAAGUUGAGGUUGGCAUCAAAUCUUGAAGCAGGUGGGAACGGAUGACCUAUCUUAUGAAUCAGAUGUUUAUAACAUUUGUGUUUUGAUAUUGAAAACUUGACUUACAACAUGACUGCUUUUAAAAAAGUAAGACUCUUCACUUCUCUUCACAGUGACUCAGUGUAAUGGGCCAGAAAAGUUCAAGUGUCGCAGCGGCGAGUGUAUCGAGAUGAGUAAAGUCUGCAACAAAGCCCGGGACUGUCCCGACUGGAGUGAUGAACCCAUCAAAGAAUGCAGUACGUUACUGAAACUCAAAUUAACCUCCUGCACAGCAGUUUUGAAUAAGAGUAACAGAGGCUUGAAUCUGGUUCAAAAUGAUGAACUUCAUAGAAUGACUCACUCAUGCCAUUUGUUGACCUCCAGUGUUGAGAGCUUCAUAAUAGCUUCAUUUUCAGCCACAGAGUUUGCCCUGUGGCGUCGACAUAAACACAGAUAUUACCUUUUUGGGAAAGACAUCACGCUGCCUGCAGUUUUCGAGAUAUUAUAUUAUGACUGACUCCUCAACUGCACUCCUCAUGUCUACCAUACAUGUUGAAGAUGUUUAACGCUGAAAGUUAAAGCACCUUCAUGGCGCUUAUCAGGUUUAGCACCAGUCUAUUUGACAUCACGGUUUUUUCAACAAAGUAAAUAAAAGGGCUGUUCUCCUGCAGCCCACAUACAUGAGGCAAUAACUGACUGCAGUUGCAGCAAAGCUUGGAUUUGUUUAAGACAAAUAGACAUUAAAGACAUGACAACGCUUAAGAGGAUGACUGAAUAUUGCUGCAGCUUUCGCACUAGAGUGACAGAGCGAAGGAGGAAAAUCAACAUGUUUGAAUUUUGCAAAUUUACAUAUUUGUCUUUGAAUUAUGUGUAAACAUGAAUGAUCUUGUCGCUAUCAUAUUAUGUUCCUGCAAAUGUCACUUGUUCGAAUGUCACAGAGCGCUUCCUCGGUUGGCAGCUCUAAAUGUCAGGAACAUGAAAAGUUGGAUCAAGAAAUAUUUGAACCAAGGAUCCUGAUUCUGUCGCUCUGUGCUUUACACCGAACCAAAGCCAAACACAGAAAGAGGCUCUAACAUUUGGAUUUCUCAGGGCGAGUCACUUUGUAGCUUUUAAAGAAACAAAUUGUGUUUCAUAAAGUUCAGAUGCAGGCAGGAGAGCGUCUGUGAAUGACCUUUCUCUCUGCAGCACAUUGAUUUAUGCGGAUAAUGUGUGGAUUUUUUAAUAUACAUGCUGCCCCGUGCAGCUUUGAUGCCGUUCAGCCUGAGAGAACGAGGAGUGAGUCUAAAUAAUUCUCUUUCAUGGAUCAAAGAACUCGGCCAAAAGUGAUUAUGCUUUCUGCAAACAGCAUACUAAAUGUUCCAGUCUUAACUGUACAGUUUAGUCAGAGAAAAAGACGUGCACGCUGUGUUAAUCAUCAGUUCAACAGAUCCAAGUAUAAAAACAUUCAAACAUUGCUCUUUGUAACUGUUAUACAAUGGGUAGCUCAAUGAUUCUUUGUCAAACUCCAAUAACAAUGCCUCCUUUGUUAAAUCCAAAUAAUAGAAUAUAGAGAGAAAACAGAUGUUAGCGUACAGUGCAGAGUGAAGGUUUUUAGAAAAUAUCCAGAAGACAAGAACCUGCUGCUUCCUUGUUAAAAGUUGAACAUUAACAAGUAUGAGCCAUUUCAAACUAAAAGUACAAAGCAGCCACCCUGAGACACCUUUUUUUCAUGAAGUCAAAUUUCUAUUACUUUUCCAACAAAGUUAAAGGCACUCGGAGGAACUUUCAGUUUGUGUCAACUCUGGCACCUCUUAUAAACCAAGCAGUCUUUUGUAAUUGUAACGACAGUUACUAUAUCAAAGUAGUUGAUCUUGUUGCUGAUGGUUUUGUUUGCUUUGUUAUGUCAUGAAAAUUCAUUUAUAUGACUUUAGGUCUAUGCUAUGAAAGAGUAUACUUCCAUGAAUAACAGCUCUCUUAACAAAUGCUUGUACUGCAACUAAUUCAAGGUCAGUCAGGCUGAUAAACUCUACAUAUCCAUAUUUCACUGUAUUUCUGGGGUUUAUUAUUAAUGUUUAUAACAAGAGAUGGUGAUCUUCAUCAUCUUGGGGGGCGGCAGUAGCUCAGGAGGUAGAGCGGUCGUCCAAUGACCGGAAGGUUGGCGGUUCGAUUCCCCCCUAAUCCAAGUCUGUCCGUUGUGUCCUUGGGCAAGACACUUAACCCACCUUGCUCCCAGUGUGUGUCCUCCACUGGUGUAUGAUUGUGAGUGUUGUGUGGUGGUGGUCGGAGAGGCCGUAGGCGCAGAAUGGCAGCCACGUUUCCACCAUCACCAAAGUGUGACUGUGUGAGCGAAUGAAUGAUGUAUCCAAUGUAAAUUGCUUUGAGGGUCUCUGAUAAAGCGCUAUAUGAAAUCUGAUGCAUUAUUAUUAUCUUUUUUUGCCUUCAUAAAAUCAAAUCAAUCCCAAAAGUUGUAUUUUUUUGUCCUACUAUGAGAGCAAAGUUAUUCUUGUUUAGAACAUAAAUUGGUAAUACUCAAUAUGAGGGUACACAUGUUAUUAACCAUUAACUAGUUACUCACCAGCAUGUUUGUCAGUACCGAGUUGGUUUUUCAUUAUGAAGCACCUAUUAAAGCCUUAUUCUCCACAACCAUAUUGAACCUGUGUAUCUCAGCAGACUUCAAUUAUUUUUUUAUUAGGCCUGGCAUGAUGAGGAGCCUGUGUGGACCAAUAAGAGACAAACUAAUUGUUUAUUCGUUUAUCAGACCUUAUUGAGCAAAGCACAUGAAAAUGUUAAAGUACAACAACUUCCUUAUUUGACAUAAACCAUGAUAAGGAGGUUAUUAAGGGAAAACCCUUUAAUAGAUGGCCUAAUUAAUAGUUGUAGAAUAUAAUUAUGGAGAAUCAGGUGUUAAUAAGACCUUUAUUUGACUAACUAAGAGCCAACUUGCUACUAAUAAGCAUGCUAAUAAGCAAUUGAUUAAUGGUUAACAUGUGGAUUCUGUUAAUGUUAAGUGUAACUGAUGGAUUUUCUCUUAACUAUCAAAAGUACAUUAAAGCUCCUCUGUGUUCUCCAGAUGUGAACGAGUGUCUCCUGAACAAUGGCGGCUGUUCCCACAUCUGCAAAGACAUGGUGAUCGGCUUCGAGUGCGACUGCACACCCGGACUUCAGCUUAUUGACCACAAGACAUGCGGAGGUGAGUGAUCUUUAUAAAGGAGGGAUGAUUAUUAAUGUGCAAGUCAUAUUUUCAUAUUUUGACCCAACUGAAUGAUUGAACUUUUAUUAAUGUUUCAUUUUUGGAAAGAAAACUGCAGACAGACCAAAUGCAAACCUUUCUUUUUAAGAAAUAAGAGAGCAGAUCAAGUCGAAAAGUCAUCACUAACAGAGUGGUUGACUUUGGCAGCAGCCUGAUACUCAUUAAUUCCAGAGCAGAGUGAAAGAGCAGCACUGCCCCUCAUCUUUCCUGUUUUCUGUUGAGCUAAGAUGUCUUUGCUGACACACUUUUAUUUCUUUGCAGCAAUAAUCUCCCAUUGUUCGAGAAAUAGAUCAGACAGAACUGUUUGCUUCACACACUUUAAAUUGAAUUACAAUACGCUGACCUUGUCGGGUUACUUUUCUUUGUGGUUGGGAAGAAAACAUCAACACUCGGCAGACUGUGAGGCUCAGGAUGUUUUGCUAUUCAAGUUUCUUUGAAAUCACUAAUCCAGCAGGCGGGGUCAGACAUUCUGUAGACUGAUGUUGUAGCGGGGAUAUAAUUCAUUUUUGAGUGGAACAUGUUCAUAUUGUGCACUGCUGGCCUCUGAGGGGAUCAGUGUGUAACGUGAUUGGCUGUCUACUGAUCUGACACAGUUUUGUUAUUGAGCCAAUCUUGGCCUUGAACACUGAUGUGUAUAUUGGAAAAUGUGUGUAAUCCCAUCUGGAAUGAACCCCAGUGGUUGCACGGCGGCGCUUAAUCUGCUCCCAAGUGAAAAUAUAAGCUACACUCCUGGAAACAUUUUUAAAUCUUCAGUAAAUUCCAAUGAGAGCUGUUUUUUUUUUUUGUGAAACACCAACAGCAAAUUUAGAAAAGCUCAUUUUGGAGUGCAGACGUGUGCAAAAAAUGAUGGAAAUACUGUAAGCCUGGUACAACAUUAAUAUGAGAUGGCAAUUAUGAUUUUUCGGUAUUGCAAUGAUGAUUCAAAGUGUGCUAAGAAAAGAAAUAUUGAAGUGCAUUAGCUAUAGCUCACAUUUUCUUUGUCUACUUACUGUUUUUCAUGUUCACUGAUUGACUUGAGGGUUUGAAUUUGUUGUGUAGCCAUAAAGUGUAAUCAAAAUAUUCAUAUGAAUGGUGGAUAGUCUCAAAUUGUUGGCUGAAGGUGAAUCCUUGAGUUACCUUGAGCUUUGAGAAUAUCAAACUGAUUAAAAACGUGCGCCCUGCUGUUGGACAGUUUGGUAACACAAAAUAAAUGUUCUUGCUCAUUGUGAUAAAGGAUUCAGUCUUUGUUCAUAUUUUUUAAGGCCGUUUCUCAUGUUGUAGUAACACUGAAAUUGUAAUUUAUUGUGAAACCUGGCAGCAAUAAUCUGUGAAGGUGAUAUUGUAGCUAUUUUCCUCUUUUCAGAGCAAAUCUGAUGAGCUGAACUGAAGCAUUGAAUGAAGUGAUUGAUCAAACAUGUCAUCACCAGGUGUAUCUUCUAUCUCCUCUCUCUUUUUCUCUUUGUGUGCAGACAUCAAUGAGUGUCUGAACCCCGGCAUCUGCAGUCAGAUCUGCAUCAACCUGAAGGGAGGAUACAAAUGUGAGUGCCACAACGGCUACCAGAUGGACCCGACCACCGCAGUCUGCAAAGCUGUAGGUGAGUCAGAGAUAAAGCAGUACUCAACCUUCAAGGAGCACAUUGGUGAACCAUGACGGAAGAUAUUUGCUGUGAUUUUUACUUAUUUGGGAAAUACUAAAAUAUAACCUUAAAUCAAAAAUGUAUCUUUAGUUGUUGUGAUAUUUUAAGAAGGAAGAGUGCAUUUAGUUCACUUAUUGAUGAAUUGCCCUUUCUAGUUUGCCCCAGAACUCCUGAGCAUCUGCACAGUUGAUUAUUUCUCAUAUGACAGGCUUUAAGUGACUGUCAUGUUGGUUUAAGCUGUAGUGCAGUCACUCACAGGAGCUAUUGCUCCAGCCAAUGACUACGACCAUGAUGCUGUGAACUCUUUUAGUGCCAGCCACCACCUGCAUUUUUGACCAAAGCUAGUGAGCUAGAUAUUCUUGCUCAAUAUGUAUGUUAUUAAUAAAGGCAUCAAUGUACAAAGCACAAGGCUUCAGUUUUCAUAGAUAGUGCAGCACAAUGGGAAAGACCAUCAAUGUGACAUUUACUUGAAUAUGACAUAUUGUGUAAAAGUGCUUUGAGUGGUCAGAAGACUAAAGAAAAAGAAGUAUGAACAGUUCAUUUACUAUUUACAAAAUGGAGAUUAGGUUGUAUUUAGGCUGUAAUACCGAACCACUUGACCAGAGCAAUGCAUAACCCGCACAGGCAUGAGGACGUCAGCCUGCAAGGAUGACUGAAGGCUGGUGGUGCCAGCUCUACUAUCAUUAGCCACACCCUGAAAACCAGUUUGACAAGUUUGGCCACGGACUCUGAUCCACUGUUUGGUCGUGUAAAAUAAACUUCUUAAUUUUGACCUGACAAUUUCUCACCCAUCAACUAGUUUGGUUUAAAAUUCCUGUAGAAAGACAAGGAAAUUCUUGUUUUUUGAGCAUUCCAAGUUUCAAGGUAUUGUUUCUAUUAUGUGGAAAAAGCUGUAAAUGGGAUAUUUUUGGUUAUGCCAUUUUCUUGUAUUAUAGAGAUGUUUUUUUUCCAUCAGUGUUUCAGGUCACAUUUCUCUCCAGUGCACCUAAAAAUUCUGACCUUCAGUUUCGCUGUUGAAUAAGACUGCUCCAGUUUUACAAGGGUGAAGUCACUGAACUGGCAACUCAAUUUGCAUACCAGCUUUGAAGAAUGGCAAAUGAACCAACAUGUCCUUUUUAAACUUGGAGCCGUUUUAUGUAGAUUUAUUUACUCUAUGGUAAUGUUGUGCAAAGAUCAACAGGCUCCCAAAUUCAAACCAUCAGCUGUGGUUAGAAGUAGGGUUUGUUUUGAGGUCGAAUUUGACAUGUCAUGACCUCAAAGGAGCUUAGACAUGAGUUUUAUCACCAACCAAAUUCCAGACUUUAUUGGAUGAGAACUUGAGCCUCUAAGCUUGAACUUGGUUUGGGCUUUAUUGAUCACCUUGACCUGCCUAAGUGCAGAGAUUGAUUAGACACAUUUAACCAAAUGGAGUUUUCUGUUUACAUACAUAUAUUUUUGCUUUGUAUUUUUAAGCUCAGGGGUGAUAAGUCUUGUGUUACAACAGGCCAUCCAGUUUCUAUCCUACAUCAGAAAUAUAGUGCUGAAAAUAGAAGGAUAAAGUGAAGACACACCUUGUCUUCAGAUAACUCCACCUCUUUUUAACUUCACAAACACCAGUUGAAUCGAAGGUCCAGAAAUGAGCGAAUGAAGUUGUCAUGUGCUGGAGAUGCAGGUGCCAUCUUCUGGUCUGAUGAUCACAUGAUGUUUGUCAACAAGCAACACAAUCAACUCUUUUCACUGCAGAAACAUUCAAAGACACCCACUGUGUUCUUUAGACUGACAGUGUAUUGUUUUUCUACAAACUAGAGCUUUACAUCCUUUAAACUUUGAGUGUAACUUCGACUUCAUCCAGCCAUGGUAACAUAAUGGACACAUAAUGACAAACGGACCAAAGACAUCUUGUAUAGUUCAGAUCAGAAACAGGUGUCUUUCCUGUCCUCAGGUAAGGAGCCCUGCCUGAUCUUCACCAACCGCCGUGACAUCCGUCGUCUGGGUCUGGAGAGGAAGGAGUACACUCAGAUCGUGGAGCAGCAGAGGAACACUGUGGCUCUGGACGCAGACUUUGACCAGCAGAUGAUCUUCUGGGCUGAUCUGGGACAGAAGGCUAUUUAUAGGUGAGUUAGAUGCACACAGCAGCCGUACAGACUCAUAUAAAAAGCACAGAGGUGUAUAAAUCCCCAGAUUAUCACAGACAUGUUUUGUUUAAGGUUCUGAGCAAUUACACAAGCUUCCUAGUUUUGGUGCUUUUUAUAUUAUCCCUUUUUUAAAAAAAGCUGCUUUUAAAAAGGAACUUUUGGUUUGUGUGGAUUUUGAUGCCCCCUGUGGACAAAGUGGUGCUUAUCUUAAAUUAGUCUAAUGAGAAUUUCAGACAGAAACCUUGUCCUUUUACCUUUGAACUGUGAGAUGUUUCAUACAUUGUGGGUAGUUGUCAUUAAAAGAGACUGAAGAGAAAUGAUCAGCCUCGAUGUUAAUGGUUUAGUUUGCUUCUGAAAGUCAUAAGGAGCUAUUAGUAUCAUUUUUAAUCUGUUUCUCAGCCGGUUAAAACCCUUCAUAGUGCCUUUAAAGUAAUAGGUCCUGUUUCUCUAGGGGAAAAAAGUUCAGUUUGGCUUGUAUUUUCCCACAUAUCUUGUCUGAUGUGUUUUUAAGGCUUAUUUUCAACAUAAACAUGUGGUUCAAAGUGAAAUAUCAAACUUUGUUGCAUACAUGAGUGGUCCCAAACUAGGAGUCCAAAGGAUUUCACACUAAACCACGCAGACUUCCCUGUAGCUCCAAUACUCACUAAGCAUGUGAAAUAUCUCAGCAUCAUUGGACUGUUGUUUCUGAAAUUUGGUGCACACAUAACUCAGUCCUCUUUGCAUCAUCCCCAGCCUGAUUUUCUUCUCAUUUCAUCAGCAGAUCAGUUUUGUAAUUUGUGAAACUUGGUCUGUCUCAAACUGGAGUUAAAACCAGGGGCUUGUCAUUUUUGCCGGAGAUGUAACCGGAGAUGUUUUUGUGGGUUCAAUCAUCCAGAUAGAUGGUCUCUGUGUAACUGAGCUAUGUAAUUAUGUUGUGAUCCUCAUAACUGCCAAAUUAUCUACAUCUGACUCUCAGAAUUUCGGACUCUUGAAGUAAUUGUAGAAAAUAAAGUUGAAAAAAGUGGUGAUCUGACUGUCCAGCUGAUGAAUGUUCAGAUGGGAUUUACUUGGAGCAUGAUUUAAGUCUUCAUAAUGGAGAAACUCUACUCCUGUCUUUUAUUUCUUUGCAGCACCGUGUUGGACAAACGAGGAGAUAUCAGCAACCACAACAAAGUCAUUGACAAUGUCCAGACCCCUGUUGGAGUUGCUGUGGAUUGGAUCUAUAAGAACUUGUACUGGUCUGAUCUUGGCACCAAAACCAUUUCUGUAGCCAACUUCAAUGGGACCAAGCAGAAAGUUCUGUUCAACAGGGGCCUCAAAGAACCCGCAUCCAUCGCUGUGGAUCCCCUGUCUGGGUAGGUGAAGAAGAAAUCUGCUUUAGAUGUUCAGUGUCAGAUAAAAUGUUUACCUCUAAUUCUUCCUGCUCAUGUAGAAAUCUGUUUUUCUUUUGUGUUGUUUUGAUGUUCCUGCAGGUUUCUGUACUGGUCUGACUGGGGCGAGCCAGCAAAGAUUGAGAAAGCCGGUAUGAACGGAGUGGACAGACAGGUCCUGGUUGCUUCAGACAUCCAGUGGCCCAAUGGAAUCACACUGGGUGAGAAAGAAAACCGUGUCACAACAUUACUAGUCAUUGUACUUUACUGCUGAUUCAUCAACUUUAAAGGGAUAGUUCAGGUUUUUGUGAGCUGACGUAGGAUGUAAGGAAAAUGUGAAAUGUAACCCUCUUCGUAAGGGAAGAAAUGAAGAUGCUGGGUUUCCCCCACCUCCUGGCUGCAGAGUCAGGCUUGCCUUCUCCAUAUAAACAGAUGGGACAAACUGGGAAAUUCCAUUAUGUCAAAUUUUACCAGAAUGAUUUCUACCAUUUCAGUUAGACCUCUCAUACCAAAUUAAAUGCAAGGGCUUAUUUUAUGAGAUUUUUUAUGAGCAAAAGUAACUUGACUAUAUUCACAUCAAAGUUUUCUUUCAAUUUCUGCUGUGACUGUAUUUCUCCAUUUACAGAAUAAGUCUUUGUUUUGUAUUGUCUGCGCUGCAUGUGGAGGUGUACAAGGUCGCUGCGUGGUUAGAUAUGACAACCAAAGAAUAGAGCCCUCUGAUAUCGAAUUGAAGUUACAGGCAUUUUUGAAAAAUAUAAAGUACACUUGGACUGAAUUGUUUUGGUAAUGUAGGACUCUUAUCAUUGGGGACUGUUUGUGGUGCUCAUAGUGUAAAGGUGAGUGUCGAUGAAGGAUCUUUGUAUUGCUUACAGUUGUCUCCUGUAUGCAGUGCACUGACUGUUAAUUUAAGUACCUCAUACAACCCCACUAUCACACUUUAAAGCACAUAUGUCAGAGUCAAGGCCCGCGGGCCACAUCCGGCCCGCAAGAAGGUUUUUUACGGCCCCUGGGAUGAUCUUGAUUUAUUAUUAGAACCGGCCCGCAGACCGCAGCAAGCCGGCAGCCCGUAGAUCUUUUACACGCACCAAUACUACAUUUCCCACAAUGCAACGGUGACGCACCGAGCAGUAGGCUGCUUCAUUUCAAUAUUUAUUAGCACAGCAGUCGUCAGCAUAACAGUAAAAUUAACUUUCAGAUACCCAUCAAAAAUGGCAAAACGGAAGGUGGACACUGAGAACCGGGGGUUUCAAACAAGGUGGGAGUCGGAGUAUAUGUUCACGGAGGCAGCUGGAAAACCUGUGUGUCUUCUGUGUGGAGAAAGUGUGGCGGUACUGAAAGAGUAUAAUCUGAGACGACAUUAUGAAAUGAAACACACGGACAAAAACAAGAAUAUGGACAUGGAACAAAGGCUACAGAAGGCCGAGGAAUUAAAACGAUAUUUUAAAAAUAUUUCAGUUGAGUGGAUGAUAGAAAAUUGCUAUUAUUAUUUUUUUCUUUGAAGUAAAUUUAGCCCACUUUUGCUAAAAUAGAAAAUAUAGGCUACUGAUGGUGCCUUGAAUAAUACCGGUUUCUUUCAUUUAAUGUUCAUGUUAUGGGGAUUUUUAUAUAAAGGAAAUUUGUCUUUUGUGUCUGUUGAAAAUUAAAGAUUACUGACAGAGCCAUAAGAAAAUAUUGCUUUAUUUAUCUGAUCAUAUUGGAAUAUAUUUGUUAGGUUUUCAGUAGGUUCACUUAGGUUCACUAGACUAUAUGCGUCAUUUAAAAAAUUUUCAAUAAACAUUCCAUCAGUCCGGCCCUCGGCUUGUAGCUAAAUUUUUUAUUUGGCCCUCCGUCCAUUUGACUUUGACACCCCUGCUUUAAAGAGUCCUCUUCAUCCAGACUACAACCUGGGAGCCUCCCUACUUUGAUGUAAGGUCUUUGGUGUUCAUUCAGUCCUCUCAAAUGAGAGCGAACAGCAGAAGUUAUUUCAGCCAUCAACAUCAAAUGUCAGGUUUCCCUUUGGUGAGAACAUUAACAAUAUUUCACAAAAUCAUGCAUAGAUUUCAGCGCCCACUCGUAAGGGAAUAUAAAUGUGCCAAGACUCACUUCAGUAUCUGUGAAUGAGUUGGCUGCAUUUCCACUGUGUGUGUGAUUCACAGUGGGUGGUCAGAGAAAAUGGUAAAAAAUUGAGGUAAUCACUGGAGCAUAUUUUGCAAAGGAGGACUGAUAAAAAGAGGUACUCUGCAGCGCUGUCCAAAUCUCCAACUCGCCAAUUGCCUGAGGCUGAGCUGCACAAUAUUCAAGUCUAUGCUUUCUGGAAAUGUAUGCACCAAUUAGAGGGUAAAUCUAUUGCUUAUUUAAAUAAAUAAAACACUGGCACAAAACUGGCUGUACAGCAAGCACAAAACAUCAUCUGCAAUGUAUACAAUUCAUGAGCUCUAAACUAGAUAUUUAAGUAGUUCCAGAUGUUUUGAAUUCAUUUAUUUCCAUUAGAGCUCGUUCAUUUUCCUUUUUAAUGACUCUAAUCCUUGAAAACACGCUUUCAUUUGAACCCAUCCCAUCAAACACCUGCCCACAUCUUACAAUCUCAUGCCUCUUUCUCUGGCUGCACUUUCUCCCCCACACGGUGGAAAAGCCAUUGAUUCAUCCUUGUUAAUGAAAUGUCGUAUUGAUUUUAUUUUUUUUCUUUCUCCUUCUUCCUCUUGUUAUCGCCGCAUGCCAUGCUCCAUCUUCUCUCUCCUCUAUUUGUCUUUUUUCUGUCCCCUCUCUGUUGCUUCUUUUCAUUUCCUCUGUCAACAUACUUUUAUACUUCUCUCUUUUAUCGUCGUCUUCUUAUCUUUGGUGCUCUUUUUUUUCCCUCUCGCCUUCCUCUGUUGGCUUUCCACUCUCCCUUUCCGCAUCUAUUAUCCAUUCUUCUCUAUUUCUUCGAUCUCCUUCUGGUAUUUUUUACCUGACUUUUUCUUCUUCUGUUUCUUUAUCCCCUUCACCUUCACCACAGAUCUGAUCAAAGGCAGAUUAUACUGGGUUGACUCCAAACUGCACAUGCUCUGUAGUGUUGACCUGAACGGAGACAACAGGAAGAAAGUCCUCCAGUCCUCGGAGUAUCUGGCUCAUCCCUUCGCUCUCACUGUUUUUGAGGUAUUUCCCCCUUCUUUCAUGUCCCAGCUCAUCCUCCAUGGUGAUUAAGGUGGUCAGUUGGAGCUGACUAUAUGACUGAUCUGAUUUGUGUAGUUUGCCUUGAGUUGUACUUACUCAUUUUUGGCCGAGUUCAAAUAUUGUUCACUAUACAGAAAGUGACAGCCUUUUUAUCUCUGACUUUGGUCUUGUUGCAAAACUAAAGCACCAAUACAUUUUGCAAUCCUGCAAUGACACUGGGAUGACACACCAUCACUACCUUCUUUAUAGUUACACUUUGAACCCUUAAAUGGUGCUAUAUUGGUGUCCCAGAGCGUGAUACUGAAUCUCAUAACGACUAUCCAGGAGGUUCAACUUGUAAAGACACAGUAAAGUGCCACAUAAACACGCACUGAGGUGUGCACAUGGAGGCAGUGCUGUUCCACCCUGCUGGCUCCAACACUACAUGUCGCCGCAGUCUUCCCCAACAGACUCUGUUACUAGUUCGAAAGAAGGUAUAGAAGAGCAGCGUGUGAACGGUAUAUUUGGAGUUAUAGAGCUCGGUUUAGAAAUCAAAAUAAUGGAUCCGUAUCAGAAGCGUAUCAAGCGUAGCACUGCUAAAGAUACGCGCCAAGUCUAUUUUUGCUGCUCUACGCUUCCAAUACGCGUCAAUCCACAAAGAAGAUCAUUCUAGACAGGAUGUCUGCGCAUGUCAUCCGGUAUUUCAAAAUAAAACACCAUAUGCGUACUUUCAACUGUGUAUCAGUUUGUGUAGAUGAGAAAUACUUCCUGGUUAUGGAUUUAUCAGUAACACAGAACAAUCCCAUGGUCAAUCCCUGAUCCCUGUGGACCCCAACAGGACUUUUAACUGCUAACUCUGUCUGAAGGUAACAGCACAGCAUAAAGGAACUUGGUUUACUCUAUUAAACACAAGUAAAUCUGCAAAAAACGAACCUGUAAAAUCACGUUGAUUUUUCACAUAUAGCAGAGGCUCAACAGUCACUGAAUUAUAUCCAAAUUAGCAAAAAAUAGACCAAAGAAAGGCAAAACAACCUGUCAUGAGCACGUUGUUUCCUUUAUACAGAGCCCAGCUGACCGGGGCUGCACAAUGGGAACACGUUCAAUACGGAUCCUGUAGGGUUUCAGCUUUAGUCUUUUACUAUUUUUCACAGCACAAAUUUCUGGUUUAGAAAUUUUAAAAAGAACAUAAAGAGUGUAAUAAAACUCAGCUAAGAAAUUUCUUACUUAAUUGGGGCUAGGAAUUAGCUGUUCAAUAUGUGCACUCCAGCCUCAUUAGUAUGUAGCACUGAUGAAGCCUUCACUCCUGUAUAACCAGCACUGUCUCUGUCACAUAUUAUCCCACUGAAUCAUACGCACAUGGACAUCUGGCUGCUUAGCUGUCUUUUCACCUACACCCACUCACACAGCUGCUGACUGGCUCACACUCAGACAGAUGACACAUUUAUUCAAAUUCAGGAGCUUCAGCUACAGCCAAACAAUGUGUUACAUAAAGGACAAGUGAUUUAAACUGAGCAGCAUGAUCUUACUUUUCCUUAAAGUUGAACUAACACUUAACAUGGACUUCUAUUUCUAGCUCAUAGAAGUGUGUUAAAAACUUAUAUAAAGGCACUAUUUAAGCGUUCAUUGACCUCAUCUGUUGUGAUCUUGUUGUUCCCCUAUGGCAAAACAUUUUUCUCUGCACAGGAUGUUCUUUUUGGUGAAUAAAAAUUUAAACAGCAGGAUUAAUGUUUUAAUAAGAGCAGACAAAAAAGCACACUGAGUCUAGAAGGAAAUCAAAGAAGAGAUGUGAAGUUGAACGACAGGUGGUCCUAGUGAGCUGCAGUGCAGCAACACAGCACAGAUGGUCAGAGCUCACAGACGGUUCAGUUUUUGAUGCUAAUGGAGGAUAUUGACACAUUUUUUCUCUCUAGCCUUUUUGCUGUUUUUAAUAAUAGACACCCAGAGGCAGACAUGUAAUGAGGUACUUUGACUAUCAGAGGCUAAGAAGAGAGAUCAGGGACAUGUGAGAGAAAAUCAUGCAGAAAGGUUAGAGACAGAGUGAGGCCCAAGAAUUUUAAAGAUGUUUUCUCCAGUUACAACAAAGGCAGCUCUGCUUAAGAUUUAAGACAAGAUCUUGUGAGUUAGGGCUGGGUGAUACACCAUCAAAUCUAUUUCACAGUAUAUUGAGCAGUUCACCUUGAUAACGAUAAAUGGAUGAUAACUACUCCACAAGCUGCUCACCCCCUCCCACAUUAACUUCGUCUACUUCAGUCGCCGCUCCAGCCGCUACAACUUUUGAACCGUCCUCCAUCUCCUCACCUGUCUUUCCCUCUUUGUUACGGACUGGAUGGGAUGGAGUCACAUCUCCGACAUAGGACAGCAUCUUAAAGGGACAUGAGACCAUAGCCUACCUACACACAUCCAAAACCAACUUCUAUUUAUUUAUUUUUUUGACACCGAAUAUAUUGACAUGGGAAAAAUCACGUUGGUUAUUGUCGUGAAUUAAGGUAUCGGUAAAUUUUCAGUUUAUCGCCCAGCCCUACUGUGAGGAGUGUUAUUUUUUGAUACUAAAACGUAAUCAGUUGUGAAGCGAAACGUUUUUUGGACUAAGUGCAAAAAUGACUGUAAAGUAAAGUAACGCAGGUGAAAAGCAUUGAACCUCAAAUAUUAAACCUUUCCUGCAGGUAAAACUUCUGAUAAUGGGGUAACUCCUACAAACUUUUCAAGAUUAGAAUCAAGAAAUUGAGGGAAGUACACUCUUAACAUGUCAGAAUUAUAAUCUGGAAAUGUCAUUUUUAAUCUUGUACCUUAUUAAUUUUUUGUCGAAGUUUGCUCUAAAGUUUAUCUGAAACUUCUUGGAAAGCUUUUCCACUUGUUUCUGUUGGAAAGAAGAUGAGUGUUUUUCUGUUAUUUUUUUUUUUUAUCUAGGAUCGAGUCUUCUGGACAGACGGUGAAAAUGAAGCUAUCUACGGCGCAAACAAGUUUACUGGCUCUGACGUGGUGACGCUGGCAAGCAACCUGAACGACCCCCAGGACAUCAUCGUGUACCAUGAGCUCAUCCAGCUAUCAGGUAUGAAUCUGCUAAGAAGACACAGGGGAAGGAGAAGAAACGGUGUGCUACGUAAUCUAAUAAUUGACUUUUUUUCAAACUGUAUCUGCUGUAAUAAGGUUAAAAAUGGAAAGUAAAUCAGCUGUUACUGUAAUUAUACAUGAUAAAGGCAUACACAGUGCAAAUGAUGAAUGUAAUCUAAUACAUUUUGCAGAGUAUGAUUGGUUCUGUUCAGUAAAGCAGCUCUACCACUAAUUUCACAGUGUGGAAAAAAUCAGUUCCUUCUCAUGUAGCUCCUGUGUUUACAACAGAAAUCUGGUGUAACUUAGAUCUUGAGUUCCCCCUUUCAUGGAUUUGUAUGCCUCAAAGUAAUCAGGAUGUUUGGCUCUUGUGUGCAGGUACCAACUGGUGUGCAGAGAAAGGUGAAAAUGGAGGCUGCAGCUACAUGUGUCUCCCCGCUCCACAAAUCAACAAACACUCCCCGAAGUACACCUGUGUGUGUCCGGAGGGUCAGGAGCUGGCUGCUGACGGCUUGCGCUGCAGACCUGGUGAGUCACGGCGUCAACCGAGUCAGACUGACUUACUCAUUUCCCUUUUGGUGUUCCAGUGUACAUGUACGCAUUUUCACUUCAUGAACAUAUACAUUUUCGAAUCAAAUUGUUGAAAACUACACACGUCUGAAUCAGGCCCAUGGUCUGGCAUCUGUGCAGUUUCUCAGCAUCAUGUACUUGCGUCUGCAAAACCGCCUGAACAGAAAUUGUGGCAAUACCCAGUAGAGCGAUAGUUUAAUAUUCAUUUAUACACAAGUGAGUAUGUUUUGACAUUCUGCUGCAUGAGCAUAGAGAGAAUUUAUUUCCCAAAAUUGCGAUUUUUCUCAACACAUGCAAGUCUCUCUUCGAUUAAUUAACAUUUUUGCAAAACCCUGCAAGACAGGUUAGGGAUCACCUUUAUCUCUCUGAGCCUCAUUAUGUGUUGUCCUCUCAGUUCUGUCUCAAUAUCUUAAUACUAUUUUUGGGUUGGAUAUUACAUGGAGGAAGAGAGGCGAGGAAUAUAAAGCCUAUCUUUAAAUAGAAAGUUAUAGAAACCCCGGGGGAAACUGUACCACUAACCCAGCAGAAAGAUUUUAAUUUGCCUCUCAGUGCCCUCAGGCCAGCAUGAAUUGCAUCAUGGGAAAACGUUUGUAAUUCUAUGUCUUUGAGAGUGCAAACUGCAGCCUUGGGUUAAACGAUCAAAUAUAUGUUAAAUCUGUAGCUUCUGUUGUGUUUAUGUGCAUCCCUGUACAUACAAAGGCAGCGCUGUGCUCUUUGCUUCAUCUGUAUCCAACUGAGCAGCUCGAUUUGAAUGUGCCUCUUCCUAAAGAAUUGAUCACAAAGAAAAGGCUAAAGGGAGCGUUUGCUCACCAAAGAUCCUACAUAACACUGAAUCAAUUGUGAGAAACAGAAAGAAUUCAAUUGAAUUCUUUUGCUCAGAUGCAAAUGUCGUCCUUCCUUCUUCUCAACCACCAGACCAAGUGUCUCUGGUGUGAUUAUGUCCUUUCCGCAAGUCCCGUCUCCUAUCUGUAUCCAUGCCAGACUCAAACCCAGCUGUCUGUUUCUGUUAGGGCUCUGACAGCUGAACAGUAGCUGACUCAGUUGGCAUUGUGAUCCACUUUUUCAGUGUCUCUUUGGCAUGUAUCAUCACCAUCCUCCUUCACAUCUCAGCUGCAGCCGUCUCCUCCCUCUCCUGUUUGAAAGUGCCUUUGUUGUCUCAUCCUGACAGCUUGAACUGUGCAGGCUCCAGGGGCUCGGCUUGUUCAGAGCUGCUCAUUUCAGCUGGUUGGGUUCAGCCCUGGUCUGAGCUGCCUUCAAUUCUCCAGACUCAUAAGUUGGAUGUGACUGUGUUAAAGCCAUGACAGCUAUGGAACAUCCGCUUGUGAAUAUUAAACAUCUCAUUACAUACUUUCAGAAAUCCUCUGCUCCCCUUAGCUAUGACUUCCCGCAAGGUUUUGGAGGUUGGCUGUGGAGAUUUUCUCUCUGAGGUUUGCUUAGCUCCUAAUUUGCACUCCAGGUCAUCCCAAAAGUGAUAAUAGGUUGAUGUCAGGGCUCUGUGCUGGUCACUCUAGUUCUCCCACAGUAAAGUGGAGAACUUUGGCUUUACAGACAUAGUUGAACCAUCAUGACUGACUUUUUAAAAGGCUCUGUUAUGCAUGAUAAACAGGUUUUAUGUAAAGACGUUGAAAAAGUUUAAGCAAACACAGGCAUUAGAAGUUCAAGAUUUUCAUUCUGCAUUAGUAGCCCCUCUGCACACAUGAACUCCUGACAUACUUCUGACAAUUUCAGGACAUUGAGGCCCUGAUGCUUUAUGAACUUACUAUUUCACACCUACCAUGACCCAUGGCUCUACCUGCUGUUCAAUGCUCAGUGAUUAAUUUUUAAAACAAAGCAAGCCCUCCCCAAAAUAGUUACCUCUUUCACCAAUGUACUGAUUUCAAAACAAAAUAAAUGAGGAAAUAAGGAAAACACUUUACUAAAACAAAGUUGAAAACCAAGAUCAGACCCUGGUUUGAGGCCAGUUAUAAAAAAAUUAAAAACUUGCGUCUGCAGACACUGCAGGCAGCCUUGUCAAUAUGGCUGCUUUUGAGUGAUGUCAACAUCCUCUGAAAUAACAUGUUUUCUCAUUCUAAUCAAAUCUCACAGUUGCUGACAUUUGUUAGAGAAAUAUUCUGCAAUAAUUAUUAGAAUAACAGAGUUUAUAUCAUCUCGGACAUGUGUGUUUCUGGCAAAGACAAAGAUGCAUAUUUAGUCAUUUUUGGCUGUUGUAAAACCAAUAUUGGUCAACUGCUAAAAUGUUGUCUCUGUAUUUGGUUUGAAAAAAGUAAAGAUGAGGUCAAAUGAGAGAGAGAAAAGUCCUGGUUUAGAUUUUGUCUGAUGUAGUUUCCACUGUCCAGAAAUUAAGGCUCCCUUUUAUGAUUUCUUUUUGCAUUCAAAAAGUUUGUGGGAAACGUCACCCCCCACCUCCCACCGACACCCUCUCUCUCUCUCUCUCUUUUUGAUCCACUCUGCUCCAGUUGUUCUCAUUUCAGGCUGCCCAGCUCCUCACUGCGCUCUCACAGAUUAGCCUUUUCAAACUGCAGCACAGUGGAUAAGAACCUGACAGCUGAAUUCAGUGCACAUACUCUCCUAAUUGGUCUCAAACUGUAGACCGAGACACUGCUGUACACAACAUACUGGAACAUCUCCCUGACAACUCCCUGCACCACCGUCCUCCUGAAUGAAGGUCUGCUUCGUUAGCGUGCUCGGUUUCCUGUCAGACAUUUCUUCUUUACUCUUCCCGAUUUCCACGUGAGAUGUGGGAAUCUGUUCCCAGAGUUUCUUGACAGUUUUUGUCGCACACACUUUGAUAUGAUACCUUUUUCUUCAGUGCUCCUUUGUGGUCUACCUGUUGAGAAAGUCAAGUCGCAUCCACCAGUUAAUUGAUGAUAUGUUGCUGUGCAAGAGAAAAAUGCAAUAAUCUUCCACUAACAUGGCAGCAUUAACAAAUUCGUAUUACUAUGCUUAAAUUCAAAAUGCCAAAAGGGGCCCACGCUCAAAAUGUGGCAUUUGGACUGUUUAAGUUGGAAUCCUAAAAUGCUAAAAAUCAGGAUGCAUCACAUAUGCAGAAAUUUCACAGACCUUCCUUGUCUGUAUCCAACAUAGACGCAUUAGAAGAUUUUAAAGUAGCGUCAUGACACACCACGGGAUAUUCAGAUAUUGUGUGCAGGCGGGAAUGUUUCAUAGUCUCAUGUAUAUGCAGACGUAAACAAAACAGAUGUGCUGCUAUAACUUGUUUUAGGGAUUCUUUGCGAUGAGAGAAGAGAGCAUGAAGCUAAAUAAGUCUGGAUGUGAAACCGUUGAGGGGAUUUGGUUUGCUCUGGGCUCGAGUGGAAACUAGAGGUGAGAUUUUUAUCUGUCAGUGUUAAUGUUUGUCAGCUCUAGCUUUGUAGCUAAUGGUGGCCCUAGGGUGGGCAUGUUUACCAAAGCUUGCCAAGAGUAUCAGUGGUUUUGUCUUCUUGUAGUUUUUUUGUUUGUUUAUGUGACCAGAAAGCACUAACUUUAUCAUUCUGGCCCUGUGGAGUCUGAGCUGUUGGAGGUUUCAGAUUUAGACACAGGAUUGUUAUUUCUUUAAGACAUGUCUCUGUGUCGAUCUUGGUAGUUAGUACAAAGAGGGACACUGGUGUAUCCAUAAAAAUUUUAAGAGAAGCUGAGGAAACAAGUUGAUACCUGCAUAGUUUCUGAAAAAUUCAUGGCUGUGGGUGACAAAGAAGUGUGGAGACAGACCAGUGAGCUGAACUCCCUGCUCCAGUCAAAACCUUUUACAGCCUGCCCUGACAACAGAAACAUCAUAGCCUACAUGUACUGAACGUCCUCGCAGCCUGACUCAACGCCUCCCAGGCUGGAUGGGAAUCUGUUGCUGCCUCCGGGCCCUUUUUUUACAGCCGCAGUAAUCAUUGAAUACACCACUCAGACUCUGUGUGUGAGCGUGUUUUUGUGUGUGUGCAGAGUGUAUGUGAGUGCAUGCAAGCAUGCGGUUGUGUGUUGCUGCUAUUGUAUCUACGCGCCUGUCUAUUUGCGGUGCUAUUUAAAAGUGGAAAUGGCCUGGGAGGGGUCACAGAAAAAUGCCCGUCACUCUUUGAAUGAAUCUCUACUUUCUCUUUGGUUGGGCUGCAGCCAAAGUCCCAGCUGCUUUUACUAAACCUUCAGCUGAAAUGUUUAUCCCUUUUAACAGCCGUUGCCGCUGUUACAAAUAGGAACUGUAGAGCAUUGUGUGCUUCCAGCUUUGACCGGCUCUAAUCCUGUUAGCGAGUGAAAGUAAUAAGCAACGCUCUAACUUCAGGGUCGAACCCAAAGUGGGACUCAUAACAGUCUUUAAAGGUGACUGGGGAGCGUUUUCCUUCAGGCUGAAUGAUCUCAGGCUGAUAUAGUGAAGGUGUUUCAGUGUUCUUAUUGAUUUGGCACUCUGUUCAUUGCCACGGUUGGUUUCUAAAGAUAUCAGUCAUCAUAACAGAUGUCUGCCUUUUAAAAGAAUUAAAUUUAGACAAGAGGAUUUCUAUUCUUGUCAUGAAAGUGUUCUUCAAUGUUUUGUUGUUCACAACGUCUGAAAUGAGCUCUUACAAAGAUUUCAAGCAGAGGAUAGUUUCACAUUCUUAAAGAUGUAACGGUACAAUAGUUAAAUCAGUUUUAUGAUUUCCAUUAUUAUUCUGCAUCUGUUAACUUCACAACAUUGCUGAUAUAUGAAAACAGACAUUUUGGAGAAAUGUGAGUGUUAUUUAUUGUGAGCAUCUGCAGGAGAAAAAUAUGAAGUUUUAAGAAAUUCUAGCUCUACUUUUGAUUUCAAAACAUGGUGGAGAAAAAAUUGUUUGCUUUUUUGCUUAAACUGUUGCUACUCCUUGUGUUAUCUUUGUGUUUUACACUCAAGUUAUUUAACGUACUAUGUCUGGCAUUUACUACACAGAGACAAGAGAAGGAAAUGUUGAAUAAUCACUGACUCAAACUUCUAACGCAUGUUCAGACCAGAAAGACCAUGUGGGAUUGAAAACUUAUUUGUUCUACACCAUCAAUUUUGGUACUUGUUAUAUACAGGGUAACACUUUACUUGACGCCCAUCUCUAUAAGGCAUUAUAAAUAUAUGUAUAAUGCGUUAUAAUCAUGUAAUAGCGUUUUAUAAAGCAUUUUAUCAUGACUUACAAGGUCAGGUAUUAUAAUUUGUUAGGCUUAUUUUUAUAAAGCCUUAUGAUAAUUAAUGAGUGUUUGUAAUGAUAGUUAUACAAGUUUAUAAGCAAAUUAUAACACCAUAAAUAUAUGUAUAAUGCGUUAUAUAUGUGGGCAUUGUCAGUAAUAACACAUUACAAUAUCUGACCUUGUAAGUCAUGAUAAAAUGCUUUGUAAUGCGUUAUGAUUAUAGCUAUAAAGCAUUAUGAUCAUUUAUGAGUGUUUAUAACUCUAGUUAUACAGUGCUAUAAUGUGAUUAUAAUGCAUUAUACCUAUAUUUAUAAUGCGUUAUAGAGGCGUCAAGUAAAGUGUUACCAUAUAUGAUAUGUAGCAGUGCAGCACUAAAUCUGAGCAGACCUGCUAUAGAAUUUUACAGCAUUUAUCCAGUUAAUGACUCAGACGAGUAAUAGCUGAGGAAAACUGUCCUUUCACACAACUUCCGGAUCAGUUAGUGAGAACAAGUAUCGUCUGGUCUCAGGAUGGGCUCUGGCAUCAGCUUCAGUCUGAGUUUGACCGUGUAAUGUUUUGUUUGUCAGCACAGAUGAUAUGCAUUAUUCUCCACCUCCCACGCAGAAGUCCUCUCUGCACUGUGAUUCUACAGUAAACACUGCAACCCUCUGCUGCCUCUGCUUACUGAGGCUUAUUGAUCAGACUGUAAGGAUUUUAUUGUUUACUGCUGGUUGUACAGAAGCUGAUAGGGACCUCCUGAUCAAUGCGCUUUACAGUACAAUGCAGACUAUCUUUUGACCCGUUUAAACGCCUUUAAGUGUUGUCUCUUUUUGUCUCCAGUGUGUGAGAUUUGAUUGCUACUGAAGUGUCAAAAGUGUUAUGUAUAGAGGUGAUGUUGCCGCUUUUCUACACUGUGGUUUGUGUCACUAAUAUUUCAUGUAGUAUCUUUGCUUUUCGUGGUUUUACUUCUUUCUUUAUCACCAAAACUGGAUUCCUACUUUCAGCUAUUGAGUGUUUAUUUACUAUUUUGGUCUCCUGAGAUCUGGUCUAUUUUCACAGGCCUACUUAUAUGUGUGCAGUUUCAAAAAUAGGACAUCUUCUGCAGCUUGAUGCUUUGUCUCUGUUUUUUUUUCCUUUUUAUUAACAAAAGCAUGACUCUUGGCUCCUUUUGUGACAGAACUAUCAAAGGAUGCUGGGAAACCCAUAAUACAGCCACCCUCAGGUAAAAUCCAUCAGUUGUUGCCUACUGUGCUUCCUGUCUCCCGGCAUGUUUGGCUGUUUUGAACAGUAACUUGUCUUUUUCCUUGCCAAGAUUAAGGCUUCUUCUCUCUGCUGCAGAGGGCAACAUCUCUCUCUUGCUUGUUUGUGGCUGCAUUCGCAUUUUAUUUGACAUUUUUUCUCUCCUCUUCUGUGGCCAUAUUUGAAUGGUAAAAUUCCCUCUUGCGUCCGCUGUGCUGUGUGGACAUUUCUAUGCUCCCGGGUUGGCAGUCUUUUUCUCUCCUCAGCUGCAUCCUUGAUGAUGGCUUCUCUUCACUCUGUGCUCUGCUGUUUCCUGCUGGGUUAUGGUGCACACUCAGAGGUGCUCGGGGGCUUGGUGCAUUAGAGAUAACUGAUUUAAGUCUGUUUAUGCGUGAUUUGGAACUCGUGGUCAAGUAGCCCGAGGUAUGCAUGGGAUAAUUCAAUCUUGGCUUUCUGCUGCUUAGUGCGCUUUGGGUCUGCUGUGAGCCGUGGCAAAAUAUUUCUGUGCUUUAGUUUUAGACAUUUGAGUAGUGAUUAAAAGAUUUUCAACAAUUGUGAAAGUUUUCAUUUCACAGAUCUUUAUAACCUGUAAGGUGCAUUGAAAUGGCAAAUUGGUUAUAGAUUAUAUGGCCCUUUCUUUGUCUUUUGACCACUCGGAGCACUGUUAUGUAACUACAUAUCUGCACUGAACCACUGUCAAUGACUUACUGCUGAGUGAGUCAUGUGCCGAAAAGCUCAAGCUUUAAUGAGCAGUAAACAGCUGAUAUUUUGGGUUAUAUUAAGUGGGUAAAAAGCUCUGGUGUUUAAAAAAAAUUAAAACUGCAGUUCCUUAAGUGUCCACUUGAGGCUGCACCAAAAGCCACAGAAACCCCAUAAUAACCUGUAUCAUUUAUGAUAAUAACCUGCUCUUUAUUACAGCAGAAUUAAACAUGUUUACAGACUGUUAAGCAUACCACCUUUAGUCUGUGUGGCUGACAUGUUUAUUUUAACUGUUUUAGGUGCCUUUUUGAAUUUAUGUGUUUUGUGAAUAUGGAGGUCAAGAAUUUUGUAUUAAUUUGCAUAAUUAGAGAGCAGCUGGGUAGAGAGACUGGUGGAGCUUUUCACUAGGAAGCUAAAAGCCCACAUCAGCUUCACCUCUUUGCUGAUUUUGAGUCAGUGUUUCUAUCGUAAACAUGGCAGUCAUCUUCAUUGAGCUUCAUACCUCCCCUUCAGAAACCGAAGGGUGACAGUGAGAUGAAAUGCCACUGACCAAGGAAAAAAAUCAUCCCCUUCCAAAGAGAAGAUAAAUGCUGCCUCAGUAAUUGAUUCACAACAAAGAUUUUGUUGCCUGCUGACCAUAAAACAUUCUUUCUUGUUCAGUUUUUCUCUAACUUUUUGAGAUCACAGGACAGCGGAUAGAGCAGAAAAUGAGGAGGGAGUGAGAGGGCUUUGAUAUGCAGGUAGGGAGCUGUAGGCUGUAAUUGAACCCCAGCUGCCCAGACACUAUGUAGUUGGAGCACACUAUAGGCCAGCAGAAUGAACUGAGAUAAUGAGACUUGAGGCUAAACAGGAUGACAGGGGAAGAUUCUGACACCCAGCAAAUUGUCCAGCAAAACUUAAGAGGUGAGAGUCAUGGCAUGACUUUGGUUAUUGUUAACCAAAGAAGUCAAAUCAUGAAAAUACUUUAAGCUCACAGAGGACUUGAUCAUAUCAAACACCUGUCACUCUGUACGUUGUAGUGUUGAAGAGUUGUUUUUGCUGUGGUUUUUCGUUCUUGAAGCAAAAAGAUCUCAAUAUUUUUGAAGGUCGAAUCAUGAGGAGCCUGAAUCAGCCAAAGAAACUGCAAUGAGUGCAUCUUAAAUGAUGAUUAUUAACUCCCAUUGACUCACUGGUUCAAAGAAAAACAAGGGUCAAGAGGGGAUAAACAUUUCAUUUAUUUAUAGACAGACGACAGAAAGAUCCGUUUUAAAUGCUAAAAUUUUUUUUUUUUAAACAGGUUUCAGCCAUUUUUCCUCAGGUCACCCUCCAUCUCUGUAUAAUGGAUGUAAUUCAUGUUAAAUUCUGCAAUAUUUGCAGUUGGAUUCAUGAUAAAAACAGCCAUUGCGUUCACAGAAAAGCAACCCUACCACAUAGACCUGUUUCCCACAGUUUGAUAGAAAGUGUAAAAACUCCCAUCAAGUUUCUCAUAAAUUGACAACAGAUACAUAAGCAUUUAUGGUGGCUGAGUUUCGAUAUUACAACCGGGUUGCCAUGUUUUGAAUGUGCUUUCUUUGUUUCCUGCUUUGAUUUUCUUGAAAUCACUACGUUAUCUAUUUUUACACAUGCUCCUCAUUGAAUUUAAUCUAAAUUUAUGCAUAGGCUUUGUGCUGAGAUUACCAUGCAGCUCUGGAGAGUUAUCAUCCAAAAGAGGCAUCGUUGGUUCUUCUUGUUUUUUGUUUUUAAAGUCCCUUGUGCUACUUUUCGAGGGCUACCAAUAAAAUAAUAGUAAUCUCUAUCUCUUGUAUCAUCAUGUCUGGAAGCUAAACUUAAGAUGUCUCCCACACAAGUUUUUUUAAAAUGAUUAGAGGCAGAGACAAGGAACCUGAGGAUUUUCUCCAAAUGAGUUCCAGGUUGUUUCUCGUUACAACAUUUUCUCUAAUGAUAUUUAUUCAGCCAAUUUAGCCUGUCUACAGGAGUUCCUUUGUAUCUUCACAUGGUGUAAAGCAUUUAAAUCACACAGCACCCUCUGUCACUGUAGCAUUAUCCAGUGAGGGAUCAUCAUAUGGAAGCUAACCAAUGCCAGAGCAAAUGUAAGUCUGCAAGCAUAGUCCAAGAGCAGCACCUAGUGAACAAACAAGAGUGUCACCAAAGCAAAGCUGCAGUCAAGUCAAAGUGUGAUUACUGGGAUCAUAAUUCAGUUUCUCUGGGAAUAAAUGGAGGACUGAUUUGUCUGAGAAGAGAAGGGUCAUUCUAACUUUUAUAUUAUCUCAUCUUUGUGUCGGACUACACUUAGAAAUUAUGCUUAAAUGAAUCGUAAGUGUUGAAUUCCAUACUUAAUGGGAUUUUGAGAAAUAAGAAAAUAUCUGUCUUAUUUUGUUAAAGUUGCCUGGUGGGAGAUGCACAACAAGAAUCCUGUAGAGAAACUAAAGAUAAGAGACGAUCCAUGUCAAAAUUUUUCUAUUUUGUGGCUGCAGAUUUGUUCUUUUCAGCUUCCUUUUUUAACAUUUGUUUGAGAAGAUGGUCAGGUGCUGCCAUUGACAAAUUCAAACCCAAAUUUCCAACCCUAAAAUGACAUUUAAUGGGUCUAUAAUAGUCUCCAAAAAUUCCUUCAACCCCACCUUUAGUUUCUGACUUCAAAGCUCACUGACAGUGUUUUUUGUGGGUCCUAAAUCACAAGAUCAUGCUCAGUGCAAACUUAUCUCUGCUCUAUGGUGAAGUUGGAUAAUAAAAGUUUGUCUGUUGUUCAAGUCUGAGGAAAAUAAACUUGUUGUGCCUUUUAUUAUCAUAAGUAAGAUGCAAUAAAUUUAUGUGUUAGGUGACUUUCUGUACGAGCAAUGUGUGUAGGGAGGAAUCAAAACAGAAAUAUUUAGUUUUGGUGGUUAAUUUUUUUCUGGAAUCCUAUAUAAAUUUCAAACUCUGGUACCAUUACAGCCUUAGUUUAGAGGUAUUGUCACAGUAUGCUUUUAUUAGCAAAGCGCUGUAUAGUCUGCAGGUUUACAUUCAGGUGCAGUACCAGGAGUGGCCACUGGGCAGAAUUUGAAGGAAGACAGAGAUGUGAAGUUCGGUCAGUUCUUCAACAGGCAUCCUUGGCAGCUUUAAGUCUCAUUUAUUCUUUGCUUUAAGGCGUCUCAAUGAUGUCAGUCAUUGGGCAUCAGAGCAGACUGUCAGACUCUUUUAUUUUAGUUUAACUCUUUGUUCUGAGGUCUUUGGCGCUGCCUCGAGCUGAGCUGUUUGCCAGUCAUGUCACUCACUCGCUGCCAGCACCAGAACAGAACACUCUGUCCUGCAACAUCCUGAGACUGAACAAUGUUGGCCUUAACAAGAAAUACCAUUACAGAACUUAGAGUCAGAAUCUUACACUCACCGUUUUAUCAUCAUGGUAGGGAUCAUUUGUAAAAUGUCUUCUAAAAGCAAAACAUUGAUUUUCUUGUAUGAUAUUUCAUGUUUUGUGGUGUUUAACAAAAGACUUCAUUGAUGCUAGCACAGCAGCUGAUAACAAAAAUGAGUUUCAUUUAUUCUUUUACUUUUGCUAUUAAAAUAUUUAUCUCCUAGCUCACUUUUGUCAUUUUAUCCAUUACAAAGAGAGUCAUCAUUUUUCGUAGUCUUACAGUGUGGAUUACUUUUUGUCUUAUAGAAGCCAACGUGAGCACCUCGAUCCAGGUGGACUCAACAGCCAGAGGGUCUGCUGCUGCCUGGGCCAUACUGCCUGUCUGUGAGUAGAAAACUCAUUCAGUCACUCACUCACAUUUUUGCAUAAAUAGUCAUAUGGACUUGUGGAGUACCUCUUUUUUUUAACUUUCUAUUGUAUUAUUUUGUAUUAUCUGAAGAUGACUCUCCAGUUCCUUAGCAAACUCGCUACAAACUGAGCUCCUGCUGACUGAUAACACUUGCAAAUGAACAAAAAUGGGAAACUUGAAAUAUGCGCAUUCUGAAAUUUUGAUUGUCUAAUUUUUCUCCUUUUAUUCAUUCGUCCCCCUGCUCAGUGCUGCUGGCCAUGGCUGCAGCAGGUGGAUACCUGAUGUGGAGAAACUGGCAGCUGAAGAACCAGAAGAGCAUGAAUUUUGACAACCCCGUCUACCUGAAGACCACAGAAGAGGACCUCAACAUCGACAUCACCCGGCAUGGCGCCAACGUGGGACACACGUACCCAGCUGUGAGUAAACAAUCACACAACCUCUUAGUAUAAUAGCAUUAUAGUAAUCCACAGAAUGAAACAGGCUUCACCCUCAGUGAUCUUUGCUACCAAAUAAUGACAACUUUUUAAAAAAGGGCUUGUUGUAUUGUUUUGCAUCAAACUUUCAGAGCAGCUGCACAGUUCAAACAACUUUCUCCUGAUAUAUAGAAUUAAGACUCUGAGUUUUUGACCUCUACUCUCACCGUGACCCAGUGGCCUUCUGUAAUCCUUAGAGCAUUGUUAGCUGUCCACAGAGCACAUCUCUCUGCACACAGAUUAAACAGAUUAGGCCUAAGCCCGGCCGGAGCCGCAAGAUGGACACAAACCCCUGACAUCACCGUCACAGCUGCAGCAGAAACAUCUGUUCGUUCUCACUGAGAGAAAGUUGGAAAAAUAGCUGCAGGAUCCAACAACACAGACACGAACAAGUUUUUUGUUGUUGUGUUUUCUGCAUCCUUUGAGAGAAUCACUCAGCCAAUAUGUUAAUAAUGUUAAUAAUGUUCAACUCAUUUUGACUCAUAACCGAUCACAUAUAUUUUUUCACUAAUUACAGACACCAUCACGCUCCUCUUGUAGUGUAGCAUUAAACAUGCAGACGCAUAUUGUGAUUGCCCACAGGCGGAUACACACAAAAAAUACUGCUUUUAAAAAUGUAAACAUCAUUGGGAAAAACAAAUGCGCUGUUUGAACUUAGUUGACUUGUAAAACCGUGCCAAACUGAGACCACGACAAAUUUCCUGAGUAUCUUUAUCAAACUAUUUCUGUUCCAGCGUCAGCACAGGCACAAGCCAUCAAACAAAGCAGAGCUGCUCAUACUUUUGGGUCAAAAGAGACAUAAUGUCACUAAACAGCAAUGUAAAAGAUAUACACAUGAAAGCCAGGGUUUUUUCCACCAAAUAUUGACUUCUUAAAUUAUCAUAAAUUAAAACAUUGAUCUGAGUAAAGCUGGGCAAAUGCUGGUUCAUCUGAGAAUAGAUAAUGAUCGGCAGAAUUUUUGGUUUUGUUCAUGACCAACAUGGAUGUUAAGUUAUAAACCCACGUCAGUAAGUUUAGCUGAGAAAGAGAAAUGAUUUAACCCUGCUCUCACAUGGUAACAUACCCAUGCAGACAACUUGAAGAAAAGCAUGAAGGCUUUUCAGGCUUCAGAUCGUCUCUGGAUCUUUAGGUACAUAGGUUUUGGUUUAAAUCUUUGACCUGGUCUUGGGUUGUGAAGACCUCCCAAAUGUCCUCCUCCUGUUUAAUGUUGUCUGAUCUUAGCAGUGUCACAUGUAUUAUCAUUGAUCAUAAGCUCUGUGACUUAAGUUUGUGGAAAACACUGGGCAAAUUUUAUUUACUUUCAAUCUUCAAUCUUUGACAAAACAAACAAACACAUCAAAACAACCAAUAAAGAAUUUCUCUCUCCACCCCCUCCCUCUUUAUGUCUUCAGAUCUCAAUAGUGAGCACAGACGACGAUUUAUCAUGA